AUGGUCCAUUUAAGUAAGUAAUAUAUACAUUGUUAUGCGUUGACCCUAUAAUAUAUAUAUAUAUAUUAAAAAAAAAAGAAGAUAUAGCUAGUAAUGAGUGCAUAUUUUCCCUGCUGAAGGAUUGUGGUGCAAUUCCUCUAAUGCUCAGCUGGGUAUUGUUGCUGGGUUUCAUGGUAAAGGCAGUUGUUUAAAAGCUAGCCAUCGCUGCCAUGUUGGGUAAUUUCAUACCCACUCUCCUGGUGCAGAAUGUAUUCAGUGGCGUGUUAGUCUAGGAAUUACACGAGCACCUUCAUACACAGUUAAUAGCCAAUUUGGCAAAGCAACAUUGUCAGUUGAUUGUGUCUUCUUUGCAAAUGACUAUGUAAAUACAUAGUGCGUUCUUGGGUGCUAGUUUAUUGUGGACCAUUUUAAGUUGUGCUGCAAAGUGUUUCCCACUAUUAUGUAUCUUUACAAAGGGAAACAAAUUCUGCGAGCAAAGUCAGAAGAUAAUGCAAAACUUGCCUGUGUAGUCUCUCAGUGCUUUAUUUUUAAACAUCUGUGUGCCGUUUUUUUGUUUUUUUUUUGUAAUUGGAGUGUUUCUUUUCUCUACUUUUUUGCAAAGACAAUAGCAAACUAAGUGUUGGUUGUAGUUAGUUAUCUUUUAAAUAUAUCAUGAUUUCUAUGGGGGAAGGGGAGUAUAUCUACAUGUAUGGCAUUGCUAGAAUAAAUACUAAGUGUGCAUGGUUGGGCAGUGAAAUUUCUCCAUAAAUGGUUUAAGGGUCUAUGGAUGUGCCAGAGGCAUGAUGGAGCAAGAAUGCAGCAGUGCAAUGGCGGUAACUGAGUUUUUUUAUUUUUUUAUUUUAAACUUCACCUACUAAUAACAUAUGAGGUUAUGGAAGACAUUAGUUGGCACAAGAAGUUACGUUAAUUUUUCAUGCAUGAAACUUCUCGUAAUUGUCUUGCUGUAGUCAGUACAAUUUCCAGUUGAUUUUUAUGAGCUUUGUCACAAAUCAAGUGAACCCUGAUGUUGUUUAGAGAUAUGUAAACACUCACUUUGAAAUUAAUGAUCUUAAUAGGAUUGACCUAGUGGUUUUGGCCACCUCCUGGUCUCCCUAGAUAAUAGAGUACAUCCUGCAAUUUUUUUAAUAAGUGACAUUCAGAGGUGAGGAUGUGGAAUGUAUUCCUGUUGUCUCUGAAAAAAAUAUUUUCAACCACUGCUUUAUUAUUGCACAGUUCUCAAAUGUCAAUAUUUAUAUAAAUCUGGUAGGAUUUAUAUAUGCCAUCAUUGAAUGCUCACGUUAUUAAUUUUUAUUUUUUUCUUCUAGCAUCUCAGCUUUUGAAACGAUACCAUGGUGGGCAUGUUGUAAUCAGAUUGGCACUUGGUGGCUGUACAAAUAGACCUUUCUACCGCAUUGUUGCUGCACACAACAAGCGAGCACGGGACGGCAAACAUUUAGAACAACUUGGCACUUACGAUCCAUUGCCCAACAUCUACAAUGAAAAACUUGUAAGCUUGAAUAUAGAGAAAAUCAAAUACUGGAUUGGCUGUGGAGCUCAUACUACAAAGCCAGUUGCAAAGUUGUUAGGUAAUUAAUGAUUAACUUUUCCUUUGUGCUUUUCUGUAACUUCUUUUUGUUUACAACAACCUGGAAUCUGAAUAUAUAGGGGCAGUCUAAACUUUACAGCUCAGGGAUGAUGGUUCAGAUGCAAAGAGGGUAUGGGUACCAUCUCAUGUUUUGUUUUGUUUUUUUUUCUUUAUCAAACCAGUCUGAUUACAAACAAUGGGCUUUCCCUGGCAUCGUAACACACUCACUCUCUAGGUUUAUUAAUGUGCAAUUUAUAUUUCUGCCUUACUAGCGUCAAUUCCAUCUAACCUGGAUGGCAACAAUUGACUGAGAGCGUUCCCCUGCUUUAUUAAAUGUUUUUUCUCUGCAUUUGUGAACUUAAAUCUGUGUAAUAUAUAAAUGUUCUAUGAUGUAUCCUUGACUGUAAAUGAACAACGAAAAGUUUGGCACUGUCAAUGGUGCAGCCUUUGAAUUUUUCUCAAGACAGAUGAUUCCUCUGUAGAUGAUUUUUCACAUGCACAGUGAAUUGCCUUAGGCAUCUAUUGCACAUCUUGGCAGAAGACUUCUUGUGUUAUCUGUAUUAAUGUUCAAAUCCAGUUAUGCAGUUCAUAUUUUUUUUCCACUACUAUAUUCUGUAAUUUGAAAUAUCAUGUAUUUGAGUAACCACUAUCUUUAUUUAAAGGACUACUCCACACCCAUAAAGCACUUCAGCUUUCUAAAGUGCUUUAUGGGUAUGGAGUAUCAUAUUUCAAAAGCACUUUCGAAAAGUGCUGAUUUCUAUGAGAAAUCAGAACUCUUAUAAUUAAACACCCCCGUCCUGCUUCCAUUGGGUCCUCUAAGUUAAUAGAAGUGACAGACAAAUUCUACUUGAGCGCGCCUGCCUCCCCUAAGCAUACCUCAGAUCAGAACUCAUGCACAAGGGGAUAAAUUUAUGGUUUCCCAAUGAGAAACAUCUGAUAGGCUAUUUCCCUGUGAAGAAACUUUUAGUCUCUUUUGGGGGAAAAUGGGAAUCUCAAGAACUGCAUGUUUCCAAGCAAUUGUAAUAUAUACCCCCAAAUAAUACAUGCAUCUAUUCAGUAGAUCUAUAUCUAGUAUAAACAGAUUCUAAAUUCUUCAGACUAACUCUUCUAGACUCUUUAGUCCCCCUCCCCCUUUCUUUACAUGCAUCCUCAUAAUCUCAAUAAUUUCUUUGCAGGUAUUGCUGGCUUUUUUCCUUUGCAUCCAAUGACCGUUACAUAUGCUGAACGAUUAAGAAAGGAAAAAGAACUAAAGUCAUCUUCGACAGCUGAAGCAGUGAAAGAUUCUCAUGAAGAGCAAUUGGCUUGAGACACCAGCAAUAAUGCACCCAGACUGUUUCUAGGCUGGAUAUAAUAUCCAUGUGCCUGAUGCCUAUGUGUAAAUGUUUUAUAGAAAAUUAAAAUAUUAUUUGCAUGAUUGAAGCAAGUUCAUUAUUAAAUACAGUGGACCCAGUCACACCAGAUUAUAGAUAUGUUGCAACAGGUAAAGUCCUCUGAAAAGAAAAGCACCACAAUUAUAUGGCUAAGUAUCUUCACAGUCAGCAGAUAUUCACUUAUGUAAUGUUAAGGAUAUUUACAGUCACAAUAUCAUAUAUAGUUAUGUAAGAAUGCCUUGUGCCGCCACUUAGCAGCAGUUAAUUUAUUGGAUAAUCAUAAAGAAAAUUAUUGCACAGAAGUGUGCAAAGCCAAUCACAAUGCUUUCUCAUAGGGAAGCAUUGGAUUGGCUGAACUUUUUAAGGAGGCAGAGCCAACACAAGCCAAACACAGCCCUGGCCAAUCAGCAUCUCCUCAUAGAGAUACAUUGAAUCAAUGUAUCUCUAUGAGGAAAGUUCAAUUCUCCAUGCAGAGGGUGGAGACACUGAAUGGCUGUGCUGUUCCAGGAAGCCCCUCUAUUAGCCAUAUGAGAAGUGGGCAGUGAAGUUCACUAGGUUGUAAUAUAAACACUGCAUUUUCUCUGAAAAGACAGUGUUUACUGCAAAAAAAACAAAAAACUGUAGAGACAGUUUCUACUCUCCAUAAACUUUUAGCUCCAGAGAAGGAUAUGCUCAGUGCAGUGGCAGAUCCAGGGGGGAGCAACGGGGAAAUUACCCCCCCCUCCCCCACCCCCCCCCCCGAGAAACCCGCCAAUCUCCCUCUCCCCUGCCAGCACAUGCAGGUGCCAGCCCUGCAAUGUGCGCACAUUGCUGACAGCCGGCGGGGGGAGGGAGGACCCGGGAGCUCAGCCUGCAGCUCCUCCGGGUCCUCCUCUAGCGAGAUUUGGAGCGUUACCACGGCAACGCUCCAAAUCUCGCGAGAGUGAACUCUAGCCCGGGAGCGCGGGCUAGAGUUCACUCUCCCCACUGGGACCACCAGGGAAUCCCCACCGGACCACCAGGGAUCGAAAUAUGUCCCCCCUCCUCCUCAAUAAAGGUAUGAAGGGAGGGGGGACAUAGAAUAUUUAUUUUAAUUAAAUAAAAAAUAAAUACAUAUAAAAACAAAAAAAAGCCCCCCCUACCCUUAUCACACACUCUAUACACAUACACCCCCAUACACACACACACUGCCCCCCAAUACACACACGCACACACACUGCCCCCUCAGCUACACACACUGCCCCUAAGCACACACUGCCCCCCCCCCCUACACUACACACCUUUACAUACACACACACAUACUGCCCCCCAUACACACACUCUACACACACGCACUGCCCCCAUAUACACACAUUGCCCACACUCACAGAUACACUGCAACUGUUACACACACAUACUGUCCCACACAUACACUGCAUCCCUGACUUACACUGCCGCCCUCACUCACAUACUACAACCUUCACACACACACUGUCCCCCUCACACACACACAUACUGCACCCCUUACACAUUGCACCACUCACACACACCACUGCUCCUAUGCCCUACUACAGCCCCAUUUCCCAGCAGACCUCAGGUAAGUUGUCAAACUGUUUUUAAACGGUUUGACUACUUACUCUGCGAGGGGGUCCCUGCACUAUUGACACCAUAACCACUACACUGAGCUGUAGUGGUUAUUGUGUCUGGAUUAUUUCUUUAAAUAAUCUACAAGUGCCCCUCCCGAGAUCAGGCUUUGGAUCCGCCACUGGCUCAGUGUAAGCAAAGUACACUGUACAAUGGUUUUGGAGAAAGUAAUUACAUACAGUUGAUGGAAGAAAAUUCUGUACAGUAUGUAUUAAAAGAACAAAAACAUAAUCGUGCAAUACAGUUAGACAAUACAUGCAGAUAAUAUUAGCAAUGUCAAUGGAACACUUACACUUUCUAGAGCCAAUAUAGUGCUUUUUCUGUAGGCAUAGACAGUAUAAUCCCCGUCUAGGGAUGCAAUGGUGAAAUCCAGGAUUCUUGGUCCUGGUAGGAGUAUAUACUGGGCCAUAUAAACCGAGAACUCCAAUGGUAUAAUACAGUAGGUGAAAUGGGAAAUAUGCUACUUACAAUACCCAGAGCAUAGACCUGCUAUAGUGUAAUCAGGACUGGGUGGAAUAAUCCCCACCUAUGGAUUUACUGGAUGUCCAGGGAGCCAACAUAAAAAUGAAAUUAAUUUCCAAGGAUUGGAUAUUUAAAAUUUAAAAAGUACUUUAUUUAACUAUAUAUAGUUAAUGAAGUGGUCUGGGUGCCAGGUCCAGCUAGGUUUAACCCUUUUUUCUAUAAACAUAGCAGUUUCUGAGAAACUGCUAUGUUUAUAAAUGGGUUAAUCCAGCCUCUAGUGGCUGUUUCAUUGACAGCCGCUAGAGGGCUUCCACGCUUCUCACUGUGAUAUAUAUAUAAAAAGGGGAUAAAAUUAGAUAAAAAGUACAAAUCAAAAUGGAAUAGAGUAGUCUCUGGUUUCAGGUCCUCACUUUACACGUUUCACCGUGGCUUUCGCAAAAGUGAAUGACUCCUAAGUCCAAAUAUCGGCUUUUAUAGGUGAUCUUCUAUCAGUGAAUUCCUGGUGGCAUUCAUCUACAUCAUCAACAGGAUCCAAUGUAUACAAUCAUUGUGUCAUUUCCUGUGUGACCUAGACCGAACACAUGAAUUCACAGCCUAUAUAAGCCGAUUGUUGAUUGUACAAAUUUUUUUUCCAUCCACUGUAUGUAAUUAUAUACUUUCUUCAUUACUUGGGAUGUGCAUGGGCAAAAUAUUUGGUUCGGAAAUUCGGGUAAGUAAAAAAAUUUGUCCACUUCGGUAAUUCGGACCCUAAACCCUAACCCACUUCCGCAAUUCGGCACGUCAGAAAUUCUGCAAUUUGAACUGUACAUUCGGAGGAAACUAAUUGCACAUGUCUAUUCAUUACCUUUUUUUACUAUACUGUUCACUAUAGUUACAGCACAGACAGAGCUGGAUUUACAAUUAGGCAGAGUAGACACAUGUCGGCAGUGCAGGUGCCAACUCUUCCAGUUAAAAGCCAGCCCACCAGCUGCCCGCAGUACCUGAAUCAAAGCUGGAGUCUGGGCAGGUAUCACAGUGAUAAGUCUCAAGGAGCUGUGAUUUGUGCACAGCCGGCCUGUUCUGACUUAUCACAGUGAUCUCAGAUCCUAGAAGACGAAAUGUGGAGAGGAGAAUUUAUGCAAGUCAGGUACACACACAUACACACUGAGACACACACGAACAGACGGGUUAUUAGCUAAAAUGAGAAUUGCUUGGUAUUCAAUUUAAAAUUUAAGGCCAAGGCAGCCAAACUAAAAACUUAGGAAAUCUUUCUAAUUUGGCUAUUUUUUCUUAAAUGUGAAAUAAAUUGAAUUCCUGACAAUACUCAGAAAACAACAUCGUAUGAGCGUUUGCGCUCAUUUUAUAAAUUUGGCACUGAGCACAGAACAACAUUGAGGCACAUAUUAUUGUUUAUUUCUAAAAGAACACUCCACUGUUCAAACAAAAAUGUAAAGUACGAUUUAGUAGAUAUAUUCUAAAUGAAAACAUGCAUGCAUUUUAUUAUGAUUUUUUUCAUUGGGGAUACAUAUAAAUAUAAAAACAGCUUAUAAAAGCUGUAGUUCUGUUGUCUGCUGCUUUUGCAAUCCCUCCCCUUCUAACUUUCUGUCCAAUCACAGAUUUACCAAAGCAGCUCAGUGAGAAGUCUUUGCAAAGCAGGUGCUCCGAGCAAUUUACUCUUGAGUUUUGCUCCACUCAGUGGUGUAUGUAGGGUAAUGCAGGCACGGCACAUUUAUGCACACAAAACACAAAAAACACCCAUCUGAGAUGUAGUGUGGUUAAAAAAAAUAAUCUUAUUUUAAGUUUGAACAACUUCCUCUUAGGGUAUACCAUAACAUAUCAUUUUUUAUAGCAAAUACAACCAAACAAAUAUAGAGGAUACAGAUGAAGAUCUAAAAAAAACAUAAAAAGCGAUAGUGUAUUACUGUAUAAAGUGUAGAUAUUUGCACUGAACAGAGUUGCACUCACAGAAUGUAGACUGGUAAAAAAAAAAAAACCUUAAUGUGCCUCCUCUUAGAAUGGUAGGUGGCCAAUCCAGGACUCCUUCACUUUUUGUGGCAGACUUCACACCAGUAGGGAAGGCAGUACUCAAAUUAUUAUCCAAAUUAGGAUCUGAUUUUAUUGCUUUUUAACAAAUAUAAAAAAUAUACAUUAAAUAAUAGUCCUACACGUUUUGUCCUCAAGGACCCAAAUAAAAUAACAGGAGAAACCCUCACCCCCUUCCCAAGUCUUUACCUUCAUAGGGCCAAUCUUUGAUUCUAUUGGUGGUCCAGUGGGUGUUUCCAGCAAUAAUCAGCUGUUUACACUCUUUCUAGAUUGAUUUUCCCGUGUUCACAAUGUUAUAUGAAGUCACUUUGGGUGCGCCACUUCUGGCUGGCGUAUUAUGUUACAAAUGGUGGCCAUCUUACGUUCCACGCUCGGUUCUUAAGUGAUCACCAUUGUGAUUGAGUCUCAAAGUAGCAACACCAGCCUAAAUGAGAUGAUGGGAGUUUACAAGGCUAAGAAAUCACAGAAAGGAAAAAGGCAAUAUUAUAGUUCAAAAGUUACAGAGUCAAAUAUAAGGCUUGUGUUGCAGUUUUUUUUCACAUUGAAAUUAACUAGAUUUGUUAUGUUGCCUUUGAGACCGUAUGGUAGCCCAGGAAUGAAAAUUACCCCCAUGAUGGCAUACCAUUUGCAAUAGUAGACAAGCCAAGGUAUUGCAAAUGGUGUAUAUGUCCAGUCUUUUUAGUAGCCACUUGGUCACAAACACUGGCCAAAAUUUGCAUUCAAAUUAUUCUUUUGCAUUUUUCACACACAAAAAAAAAUUAUGCCAUCAUGAGGGUAAUUCUCAUUCCUGGGUUACCAUACAGUCUCAAAGGCAACGUAACCAACCUGUCAAAUUUCAAUGUAAAAAAAAUGAAAAAUGUAAAAUGCUAUCUUUGACCCUGUGACUUCCCAAAACACUAUAAAACCUGAAUAAAAUGAUAUAUAAUAAGUGUGGGUACACUUAAUAAGAAAGAGGUGAAUGACGGUUGACCAGACAUAUAGUCAAAUUCCAAGUUUUGUUUACGUUUUAUUUUGAUCAAAACGUGUACAUUUGACUCAGUCCUUAAGGGGUUAAAUAGCUUUAGUUACAAAUGUAAAUAAACAUUAUGUAUUUACAAUGAUGUACUUAAAAUUAUGUCAAUACAUACUAUAUUUUAAAAGUAAUAUUUUUUUUUACAGUUGCAAAAUAAUAUGUUACCUGAGAUAAUACAUAAUUAUAUAACACUAAUUCAGGUAAACAACUUUAAAUAUUACCUGGGGUAAUAUUAGUAUAUAAACUAAAAAAUAAUAUUGAGAGACUGAAAACUUUAAAAAAAAAAGUGAAAUUCACACAAGUAACGUACUAGUUUACUAGUUUACAUUUAGAAACUGUUUGUUGUAAAUGCAUUAUUAAUUUGUAAAUAUAACUUACUUAAGGGGCUACUCACUAAAAAGUGAAUUAAGGUGAACUGUCAAGAGACCUGAAAAUCUUAGCCGAAAAGCUGCAUUGGAAAAAUAUUUAAGCUGGAAUCAUUUUUUUUUUAGUUUGCCCACUUUAGGCUGUAAUUUGCAAUUCUUUCAUACUACUUAUUUGUAUAUAUAUAUAUAUUUUUUUAUCACACUUAUUCGUAUAUUUUUUAUAUUAGAUUUUGCAAUUCACCUGACAAAAGAUUUGUGAUUACUCUUGCCAAAGACUUGCCAUGCAAAUUUGCUGCAGUGUGAAAAAGUGUCAACUAGAACUCUAGCUGCUAUUACGCUACAACGUUAUGAACAAAUUUGCCAGUGAAAAUAUUCUGCAAGUUUGAAAUACCUAUAAUUGGAAUCUACUACUGGCGUAGGGCAAGUUAUCCUUGCUAUCUUAGUCUAAGCACCACUAAAGGUGCCAGGAAAUGCCAAGUAAAUGACUGAUUCUAAUAGUUCUGGUCUCAAAGAUGGCGGUAUCCAUGUUCACCCGCAGAUUGCGCAUGAUGCACAUUUUCUUACUUCAAUCUAUAACCAGUGAUUUGCUGGGACAGUCACUUGUUUUGCUUUUGUUGUGACUGUUCUGACACUUCAUUUGUCUUGAAGAGGUUAAAUAAACAAAUACACUAUAUAUAUCCCUGUGUUUCCAAAAGGUCGUUGACAUGUUUAGCUGGUCCCUGGUACAAGUUAUAGAUGAAUUACACGUUUACAAUAACAUAACUCUUGUCGUGUAAAUAACUGCCUGCUAGAGAGGCUGAAUGGAGGAAUUUCUGAGAGAUCACUGGUUAAAGAAAAAACGUCGAAUGAUUUAUGCAGAAUGACUCAAAAUAUCAAAUGUAUUGUUGUUUUAAUGCCAAGGGGUCAUGCCCCACAAAUCUUGUAAAAAUGUUCUUAGCAGUUAACAAGGAUAAUGGGAAAGGGUGGAGUAGCCAUAGCUUUUGUAGAUUUUAUGAAAACACUUGUCACUGUCCCAAGUUCCAGUGUCUGGGAAAUGACUGUAAGGUUAUUUUAUUGAUACAAAGCUAGUCCUAUGACGUACAGUGAGACAAAAGGAAUGGCUUUCUUCUUUGUUUUUUAUUGUAUGUAUUGGGCUGAUGAGUACUAUGGUCCUUUUCUGUACUAUAGUUUGAGCGCAGGACUUAAUUUUGUAUGUAUGACUUUGCUUUUGUAUUAUACAGCCGUGAUACAGUGCUGCCACCCACCCCAUGUGUUCCCCAUUUAGGGUUAAUAAGUAUGUAGGGGUUUAGAAAAAUGCCCCUCUCUGUCUCGUUAGAAAUUUUGCCUUUAAGCUGAAUGAAGCAAAUUGUUAGUAUAGGAAUCAUCCGAGAGGUUCUUCCUUGGCAGGUGAGCUUACAUUUGAAUGGCCUCUGGGGUGAUACUAAUAAUCCUUCAGUUAUUAAAAUGUGCAUAGAGAUUUGGCAUUGUGUGCAAGUAACUUUUUUCUUUGGUCUUUAUUGCAUAUAUUGGGCUGAUUUGUACUAUACUUAUUGCUGCUGCCAAGGAGUAGUUAUAAAGGAACUGUAUGGGCACCAUAACAACUUCAGCUAAAUAAGAACAAUAAUCUUUGUAUUUGGCUUGCACUUUUCUAUUUUGAGUCAUCGCUAUCUGUGCAAAUCUUAUUGCAGGUUUUUAAGCCAUCAUUCACUUUGCCUCCCACAAAAUAAAAUACAGUGAUUCACAUGUCCUUAAUCAUUGCUAUUUUACUAUUACCUUUCUUGUUUUACCCACAACAGAUAAUUCAGCGAUUCAAAUGUUUAGAAUUUUAAUAACAGUAAAACUGUUGUCACCUUUUAUGUCCACUAGAUGGUACACAGAUAUUGCUAAAGUGAUUACUUAAUGGUAAGGUGUAAAACCAGGAAUUAGGCUUAACGUAUCCAAAUCUAAAAUAAAAUUAUUAUACAUCUAUUAAACUUUUUUUUUAUUUAUUUUUUAUUUGCACACGUUCCUUUCCCCUGGCAUCAUAACUACUACAUUAUAAUGGCUAAAUUACUCAUUUAAGAAUGCCUUCACCAUUACAUACACGUUCCAGUUUUCACUUAUGGUUUCUCUGGUGAAUAUUUUGACUAAGGACUAGAGGAGUACCUAGAUUUCAUGGAACCCAGGGUGGAAAUGUAUAUGUGUAAAACUAUAUACACACACACAUAGAUACAAUAUAAACAUUUGUUAGACAAUAAGCAUAUAUAUACAGUAUCUCACAAAAGUGAGUACACCCCUCACAUUUUUGUAAAUAUUUUAUUAUAUCUUUUCAUGUGACAACAUUGAAGAAAUGACACUCUGCUGCAAUGUAAAGUAGCAAGUGUACAGCCUGUAUAACAGGGUAAAUUUGUUAUCCCCUCAAAAUAAAUCAACACACAGCCAUUAAUGUCUAAACCGUUGGCAACAAAAGGGAAUACACGCCUAAGUGGAAAUGUCCAAAUUGGGCCCAAAGUGUUAAUAUUUUCUGUGGCCACCAUUAUUUUCUAGCACUGCUUUAACCCUCAUGGGCAUGAAGUUCAACAGAGCUUCACAGGUUGUCACUGAAGUUCUCUUUUACUCCUCCAUGACGACAUCACAGAGCUGGUGGACGUUAGAGACCUUGUGCUCCCCCAUUUUCCAUUUCAGGAUGUCCCACAGAUGCUCAAUAGGGUUUAGGUCUGGCCAGUUCUUCAUCUUUACUUUCAGCUUCUUCUGCAAGGCAGCGGUCGUCUUGGAGGUGUGUUUGGAGUCGUUAACAUAUUAGAAUGCUGCCCUUCAGCCCAGUCUCCAAAGGAAGGGGGUCAUGCUCUGCUUCAGUAUGCCACAGUACAUGUUGGCAUUCAUGGUUCCCUCAAUGAACUGUAGCUGCCCAGUGCCGGCAGCACUCAUGCAGGCCCAGACCAUGACACUCCCAGCACCAUGCUUGGCUGUAGGCAAGACACAUUUGUCUUUGUACUCCUCAGUUAUUUUUUUAUUUAUUUAUAUUAUUUCUUAAGUUCACUCGCUAUUGUUAGAUGGAUGCCGCUACAAGCCAAUCUCUAAGGAACUUCAGUGACCACGAACUACCGAGCUCUUGACCAUGUCUCCACAUACUCUCCCUAUUGGAUUACAGGUGCAUACAGCUACAGGUAGUGCCCCACUACUUACUGGUAUACUGACCUUCCCUACUUACACAGUACAAAUUUUGAUGGCAACAGACUUCUAUAUUUCUGAUGAACGUACUUGCAGAACGGCAAAGUUCGGACUUACCGGUGCUCCAAAUUCGAACUACUUCAGUGACUGGAAACAUACACUAACUGGCAUUGCAGGCGGAGGGGCAGGAACCGACUGACCAUCCCACCAUGAACUCAAGCGCUCAACACUGACAAACUUAUGCUGAAUACAAACCUGCUCGAGUCGCUAUCACGGAGUAUGGCACUGCCUGGGAUCAGGUCGUCCAUUUUACUGACUCACUAAGGUCACCCAGUAAUGUAGUUAUGAUACCUAUUAUAAGGCAGUGGACCCUUACAUUCAACCUGAGAGGUCCCUACAAUACAUGCCACUGUUAAGGCAUUUCACACACUUAUACUAAUGGAUGUUACUUGAGACAAUUGUGUGGUGUACCGGUUAGUCCCUAAGAGACACACUGGGACUCUUUGCCACCCUCUUUAGGGCAUGAGAUAGCCUGCUACAAACCCCUUUUCCUUCCCUGUCCCUACCGAGAAAUCCUAAUAGGGCUAAUAUGGUUGUUCAAACAAGAGGGAGAGGAGUGAAACUGAACCUAUAUUUUACACUGACAAUAAAUCAAAGCGAAGGUGGAGGGAUGGUUAUAAUAUAAAUUUGGAUACACCAAAAAACAAAUAAGAUAUAAAUAUAUAUAUAUAUAUAUAUAUAUAUAUAUAUAUAUAUUGUAAAAUCUUCUUAUUUCUUCUUCUUUUCUUCAGUUGAUUGAUAUAUAUGUAUUUUGUAUCUAUAGUCUUGGGUCAAAGGUUGUCUAUAUUAAUGAAAAGUACUAAUACGCAAUCUGACUUACGGUUUCUUCAGGGUUAUUCUUAGUUACUGAUACAUAAUAAAACAACAAAGGAUGUUACAUGAUCAUUGAUGUUCAACAGCAGAUGGUAAUUGCUGGACUCCUGAAGGGAGAGUUACAUCGUUGUACAGGAAAGAGAGCCAAGAGACCUCGUGUCCCUUUGUUCAGUUAACUAUAUAGAUGUGCCCAUACUGACAUCAGAGUUUAACUCUAGCCAUAUAAGGACAAGACCCCCAACUUACAUUCCAGAGUUCUCAGACAAAGAAAGCCUUGUGACUUAUACCAUCUGUUACUUAUGUCAAGCCACAGAUCCAUAUAUAAUCAAUAGAAACAUAGAAUAUGCAAUAUUCUACACACACACACACACACACACACACACACAUAUAUAUAGAUAUAUAUAAACAAACAAAUAAAAACAUAAAAAAACAAAUAAUAAAUAAUACAAUUUAAACUAAGGAAGCCAUUAUGUUUAGGCCUCCUGUGGGUUAGGCAUCUACUUUUACAUUCCUAUGCUAAAUGAUGGCUAUGUAUCUAUUCUUAAUGUAUUGCUGAAUGUACUGCACUGUCAAUCCAAUGUUUGCUUGUAAAUAUGUUCUCACACACAGUUCAGACUUACAUAUCCUUAUCCACAUAUGACAUGGUCGCAUAUUGUCACCCUGGACACGGAGGAACCAAGACGAUGACCAUUCCACAGCCUAUUAGCCCAGAAUAAAUGUGGCUAAUUCACCUUACCUUGCCUAUGUCAAAUCCUGCUUCUGUUGCGGAUCAUUUCUGUCGUUGCUUCUGAUAUCCAGUACUCUUUUUGCAAUUCUUGUUUAGUUUUUGUGGUUUUCUAUUCUAUGUCUGGUUUUCUUUAUGCUGGGAUUCCUGGGUUCAUUCCUUUAUUCCGUUCCUGGAAUUCCCAGUCUCCUGGAUUCCUUUAAAUGUUUGUUUUUUUGUUGUCACACCCAUUCCUUUGCCAUUAAUCCUUUUUGUUUCAGUCUGUUGCUGCAAGCAGUGAUCUAAUUUCCUCUGCUCCUUACUUUGCAGGUAAGUACUGUGUGUGUGUUUUAUUGUUGUUUAUUUAGUCAUGCAUAUCUAGGCAGUUAGGACCCACCGUAAUUGGAGUACUUUGGCACAGUUGUGGGCUGCAUACAUCUUAGCCAUUUAUGUAUGUCUAAAUCUCCAAUGUUUAAUACAUAUAUAGUACUUAAUUAUUUCUCCUCUUGUUUUGCCUUGUAUCUCUGGUCUUGUUUUAUUUUGUCUUGUAUUCCCAGUUCAUGUACAGUCCUGUCUUGUCCUGUUCAUGUUUCCCUCAUGUAUUGUGUACAUGUUCUGGGUUCUGCUUUCUUUCCUGCUCCGGUUCUGGGUUCUUCUAAUCUUGUCUUGUUAUCUUGUUUGGUGCCUGUUCUAGUCUUACCUUGUUUCUAGUACUGGGUACAUGUCUGCUGCAGGGCCUCCCUAUCUAGAUCCUGGGAGAUCAUCAUAUCAUCUAUUUCCUGGCUUCCGCUUAACCUGCAUCAGGGCUCUGGUAUGUGGCCGCACAAACCAUGGUGCUCAACACCCUGCAACAGACACUACCCUGCACCAGACCCUGUUUGUCCAUUUCCACGCUCAGACUCCCAUCAUCCUCAUCAGGCACACAGGGGACCCGGUCUCUGUACCACCACCCAUGACAGCCUACUAAUAUUAUUUUCCUCAUUCUAAGAGAGAGAAUCCUCCCGUUGAAUCCUUAUUUAGUUAAGCUACUUGUUACACCCCGUAUCUAUUGACCAAUUACUGGUUACUGGAUUAGUCCGAGCAGUGUCAUGUCCACAUCCCUGUUGGCAUUUCAUCCACUCAGGGAUUGACACCAAUGCUCUCAAUACACGAUUUACAAACUAUCCACAUACUCCACAGUUAAGUUUCUUGGUUUUUACAACUUAGUAUUUUUUUAGAUUGCCCUAUCCUCUCCUUAUCUCUAGCCUCCUCUCUUUCUGGCACAUAGUUACCAGGGAAGUGGGACCCCAAACUCCCCUAAAACAACACAACCUGUAAAGGCCAUCGUUUGUGUGGUAUCCCUUAAUGUUAGGGGAUCGAAUUCCCUGGAAAAACGAUUCUUGGCGCUGUUGGAAAUCCACAAAUUAAAAGCUGACGUGGCCUUUUACCAAGAGACCCACUUUCGUGAAGGGGCAGCCUGAAACUUCAAAAAUAUAGAUUUCCAGGGGGUACUUCAAUAACUACACCGAAUCUAGAUCCAGAGGAGUGGUCAUAUUGAUAGCAGCACACCUACACUUACAAAGCUCACGAAUCCGACGACACAGGCAGAUUUAUCAUGGUUAAAGGUCAGAUGGGAAGGACGAUGGUUACGAUGGUUAACUUGUAUUUACCAAAUAGAAAACAAUGCAGGUCCUUAUUCAAAUAUUUGAGCCGAGUUGACGAAUUUGCUGAGGGAGUUCUAAUCUUGGGGGGUGACUUGAAUACCACACUAGACACUGUCCUUGACUUGACCUCUACAAUUCAUUCAUAUCAUUCAUACUCAUCCACACGGAAACACCUCAUUGACUUACUCGAUCGGGCCUAAUUGUAUGACAGCUGGUGCAUACUUCACCCAUUUAGGCAGGACUAUUCUUUUUACUCCUCCUAUUCGUGUAUUGAUAUGCUGUUUAUGCCCCAGAGAUUUUUACAUUUAAUACAAUCGAGCACAUAUGGGCCAAUCACCUGGUGUGACCAUGCACCCCUGUCUCUUGCCGUUCUCAACCCGUCCCUGCCCACUAAGAUAAUUCAGUGGAAGCUGAAUGACAUGCUCCUGAAACACGCUCAGGGAAACUAUCAACCACUAUUUCACAGAAAACUCUUCCACCACCCCAACCACUACGUGGGAAGCACAUAAAUGUGUUAUACGGGGAGUCCUGAUAGCAUUAUCUACUAAAAUGAAAAAAAUGAGAGAAGCUGAAUUAAAAAACUUAUCUCAGACAUCAGGGACCUUGAAAAUAAACACCAAGCCACUUUGUCACUAACAGAUUAUAAAAACUUAAAAGAUGUGAAAUCCAAAAUUCAAACCCUGCUAAAUACGCUAACCAAUCGGAAGCUGCUGCCCUGCAGCAGCAGAGACAGUCCACAUUUAUAGAAAAAAAAUAAAAAAAAGCACAGGGAAUACCUCAUACAUGAUACCCGACAUCAUGAAAGCAUUCCAUGACUUCUACACAGCCCUCUAUAACCUUACAGACGCGCCACCUCCCAAGGAGCGCAUAACUCAAUACCUACAAUCUAAGAUCAAACACACAAUCCCUUGUAAUGCACUACAGGUAUUUUAUGAGUCCCUGCAAAUUGAUGAAUUGCGUACGGCAAUUAAGCAUCUUCCACCUGGUAAAAGUCCAGGCCCGGACAGAUUCACGGCUAAAUAUUAUAAAAUAUUUUAAAUGAACUAUCACAACUCUUCCUGACAGCGUACAACUCGCUCACUUCUGACAUAGGCCUCCCACACUCAGCACUUGAAGCUCACGUUACACUAAAACCCGGAAAAGACCCAACAGAUUGCGAUAGCUACAGACCCAUCUCCCUAAUUAAUGUAGAUUUAAAGAUAUUCACUAAGAUCCUAGCCUGGUCUACCCUGGGGAGAGAGGCUAAAAAUGACACCACAAAACUACUUAAUCUGAUAUAUCUCUCUAAAAUAACCUCUGCUCAAUCUCUCCUUCUCUCUAUUGAUGCCAAGAAGGCGUUUGACAGGAUGGACUGGUCCAUACUGCUAGGCACGCUGCGAGCCAUGGGCUUUGGCCUUAAUUGGAUAAAGUGGCUCCAGGCGAUCUACUCCGAGCCCACAGCUCAACUUACAAUUAAUGGAGAGCUAUGUGACCCAAUAAACAUAAGGAACGGUAUGAGUCAAGGAUGCCCCCUCUCCCCUCUUCUAUUCAGUCUGGUUAUGGAGCCAUUCUUACAAGGCAUAAGGGACAAUCCCAAUAUCCAGGGGAUGCAAAAAAACAACGAUGACCACAAAGUUGCUGCGUUUACCGAUGACUUGUUAUUUAUGGUCCUCAACCCGAUAGAUACCAUGCCAUAUCUUCUCCAAGAAAUCUCAAAUUACAACAAAAUAUCUAACUUUCAGGUUAAUUUCACUAAGAGCAAAAUUCUGACAUUGAACGUAGCCCCAAAUGUGCGAACCACUAUCUCAAGUCGAUACCCGUUUAAGUGGGCUCCCACGGCCAUUAAAUACCAAGGAGUUUUCAUACCUCACACACUGUCAAAAUUACUUGAGCUCAAUUUUCCACCACUUCUGCUUGAGGUAACUUGUGACCUUAAACUGUAGUAUAAAUCACAUUGUUGCUGGCUAUGUCUAGUAAAUAUUCUAAAAAUGAACGUUCUUCCUCAUGUCCUCUAUCUGUUACAAGUCCUUCCGAUCAGCCUUCCUACAUCAUUUUUCACGGAGGCUAGAAAACUAUUUACGGUAUUUAUCUGGGCCUACAAACAUCCCAGAAUCUCAUUACUCACUAUGACCAGGCCUAAAUCUCUGGGAGGGCUGGGUCUUCCUAAUUUGGAAAUCUAUCAAAAAGCAGUAUUACUAACCAGUAUAUAUGAAUGGUCAGACCCUAACACUACAAAAUAGUGGGUGAAAUUGGAGGACUCUAUGUACCAAUAUAUACCAUCCCCUGGCACAAAUCAGGCAGGGCAUUCGUACUUCCAUAACAUGCCACUCACCUGACGAUCAUUCCUACCUUGAGGAGCUGGAUGAGUGUGAGACUUUUCAAUUUGAUUUCUCCGUAUCCAUCUCCUCUUUACCCGUUGACCCAAAACCCUCUCCAACCAAAACUUUCCCCCGCUGCCUAAGAGGCAUUCCAUAAUUCCAAAUACCUAAUCCUAGGUAUAUUGCAACAAACCAUGGGGACAACCCCAUGCCAUGAACUGAUACCUGAGGGGAGCCCAACGAAUCUGCAACAGUUCAGAUAUGACCAACUGACACACUUCAUCUCCUCUAUGCCUGAACUGACGGCUUCCAAACGAGACAUUACCCUUUUUGACACACACUGUACAACCCAUAAGAUCACACGUAAACAUGUUUUUAUAUUUAACACACUUCUUUGCCAAGACAUCGACCAUGCAUUUCCAUCUUUCACCUGAUCUUGAACCACAGAUCUUAAUAUAGACAUUUCCAGAAAGGAAUGGACAAAAAUAUUCCUCCAACUGCACAAAUCCUCUAAAAAUUCUAACAUAAAGGAUGGCAACUAUAAAGGAAUCACUAGAUGGCACUUUUCGCCAGGUCAUCUACAUACCCUCUUUCCAAUGACAACCGAAAACUGUUGGCAUUGCAAUCAGGAUAUCUGCACUUUAGGCCAUAUAUGGUGGACAUGUCUAAACAUCAAAACAUUUUGGGAACACAUAACUAAACUAAUUCAUACCAUGGCCAGAGUCCAUAUCCCACUUGACCCAAAGCCCUUCUUGUUCUACUUGUUUCAUACGCCACUGCCUAAACACACUUCAACGUUACUUAUACACCUUCUGACAGCUGCCAACCUCCUAAUUCCCCUAAACUGGAAGAAAUCCACAGCACCCACUAUUCGGGAAUGGAUCUGCAAAGUAGAGUCAAUCCGAGUCAUAGAAGAACUUUGCAUCUCCCACAAAUACUCCCUCUACAAAAAGAUAUGAGACCCAUGGUUGAACUUCGUACAGAAAGAACUCAACUUCCUUUCCCUCUCCUUACUACCCUCCUGCCUGCCUCUUACUCUUCAGAGAUAACGGAGUGCCAGAGCUAACUAUUUAGCUAGUUAGCUAGUUACUGUAAAACUAACAAAUGGCAAUUAUAGAACCUCUUGUUUUCCAUUAAUAUUUUGUUGCAUCUCCUAUAGUUCUCCUAUAUUUUUUCUUAACAUACAUAUAGAUAAGUUAUCUUAAUACAUACACUUUCACCGAAACGACAACAUCUUUCCUAAUCUGAUGUUUUAUACUUGUUUCAUCCCAUAAUGUAACCAGGUGGAUGUAUUUUUCUCUUGUACCUGUAUUUCUUUACUUUAAUAAAGUAUUAAAAAAAUAAAUAAUUUUUAUUGUUGCUUUUCUGAUUUAUUGUUUUAAAUUAUUUUAUUUGGGUCCCUGGGGAAGUUCCAUUUGAGGGAUGAAACACGCAGGGCUAAGUGUUGUAUUUUAUUGUAUACUUGUUCUAUUAACCCCUUAAGGACACAUGACAUGUGUGACAUGUCAUGAUUCCCUUUUAUUCCAGAAGUUUGGUCCUUAAGGGGUUAAAUAAAGCAGAUCUUUAUUUGAAAAAUACCCUUAGUCCUGCCUUCCAUAUUGAUGUGAUGACUGUCAUCAGUGGAAGAGUCCUUGAUUAGCCCCCCACCAUUCCAAGGGGAGGCACCCUAAGGAAAUAGUACUAGUCUUCAUUCUGUGACUGCAACUCUGUUGUAUGUUAUACCGUAUUACAUUAUAUUUUCUUUUUUUUUUUUAAAUUUUUUUUUUGUAAUUUUUUUUUUAAAUUCUUUAUUUUUCACGUGCACAAGGUGACAUAACCAGCUUGAAACGCCACAACAGCUGUGUCAAGCGCAUUAACAACAAUCGUUUUAUGUUCAUACUGUGGUUUCGUAUAUAAACUGUACAUUUUAUAUUUAAUUAUUGUUAGCCUUGAGGACAUUCUCAGUCUUGUUUCGUAUAGUAGGUAAUAGUUAGUGUGGUGUUUAAGCUAGAGCGUGUGCGCUCUUCUAGCCUCUUGUGUGUUCGUUAGUGAAGUGUCUGUGGAGAGCAUGGUUUUGCGCGUGUCUAGCAUGUCUGGUCUGUCGAUGGGAGGUUUGUGAUAAACGCAUGUCUGAGAGGGUCAGGUGGCUAGUAGCCUGUUGUGUAGGUCACUAUCCCUUGUUACCCCGGGGGGGGGGGCUGGAGAGGCGUUUGUUGGCCUGGUCUCUGUGGUGGGUCUGACCUCUGUGGUAGGUCUGCAUUAUAUACUAAGUGCUCUGGUGUGAAAUGCUGUGGAUACUGUGUGUUUUGGUCUGAGGCCUGAGAUUGUGUGUCUACACUGGGGAUAGGAAGUAAAAGGCAAGCAUAAAAAAAAAAUAAAAAACAACAUAAAAACAAAAUAAAAAAACAACAACAGAUAGCUUGUGCACAUUAGUUGUUGUGCCAUACUGUAGUCUGAGUUCGUAAGUGUUUUGCAGUUCGCCAUCACGGCCGUCGAUUAUAGGAGUUAACCUUUAGCGUUCGAGUAGUCACUGCCGGGUCCUGGCUGCGGCUGGCGGAGGGUCGGGAGAGUAGUGGCCACCUGUGGAGGACCUCGCUUGGGGUGAUGGGCGGUGUGCCGAAUGUCCCGAUUUUGGGGUCGUGUCUACCUCCGGAUGUUGAGGUAAGUCUCGGGGUGAGUGUGGGUGUUCUGAGGUCCGGAAACCUCCUCAGUCGUUGGGGGUUCGAGCGGGGAAGUGGGUACCACUUCUGGUUGACCAGCUUGUGUGGGAAGAUGGUCUAGGUCGCAUUUUUUCAGCUCAGAUGGUGGUGGUUGCAGCUUGUGGUUUGCCCCUUCCCUGUGGGACAAAUGGAGUUAUCUUGGCCAGGUCCCAGCGGUGUGUUACCCCAGGGUUCCCCGGGGCUUCCCUCUCAUGCAGCUCCGCUGGUGGCAGUCCCAGUGAAGGCAGAAGUGCCUGUGCGCUCUGGAGGUCUGAGACGAGAUGAACGAUGUUCUUAUGCAGUACCUGUAGUGCGCGCUGUGGACGCCAGCGGUAUGUAAUUUGGUGCAUCCGGAGCAGAGCGGUGAAUGGUUGAAGGGUCUUGCGCCAUUGUAAUGUUGCCCCCGACAGGUCGGUGUAGAAGGACAAGUCCAUAUUUUCAAAUCUAUAGGUGGCUGAGCCUUUUAAGGCUGCGAGGAGCGCCAUUUUAUCCGCUGUGCUCCGAAAUCUCACCAUGAGGUCUCGGGGUGCCGCUUCUGGCGCCCUCCGGGAUUUAGGGAUCCGGAAGGCCGCCUCUAUGCCGUUGUAUUUGACCUGUUUGGUGGGUAUUAGGUUUCCCACGAGUCUCCUCACGAAGUGUGGGAGUUCUUCUGUGGGGACUUCCUCCGCAACUCCUCGCACUUUCAGGUUAUUGCGUCUCCUGGAGUCUUCUAGCGCUGCAAAGCGGUGUUCCGUUUUGGCUUGCUGUUGUUUAAGAGCACUUAUCUCUUGCUUGAGCUCCGCUAGUUCGUGCGAGUGUUGUGUGGCUGUGAGUUCUGCUGCAUCUAUGCGAGGUCCGCCCGCAGUAGUGCUACAUCUGUCUGUAAGGCCUUCUGUAGGUCCCCCAGCAUAAUUUUCAGCAGAGAUGCCGUGACAGGUUCAGAGUCUCCCGGGUUCUUGUUCGGUUGUGGCUGCCUGCCAGUGGGUAAGUUGUUGACGGUUUCCUCUGAGUAGAAGUCCCCAGAGGAGUCAGAGAAUUCCUCGAACUCGGCAGCCAUAUUGGGUCUGCACGCGCCUUUUGCCUGACGGAAUAAGUCGCCUAUGGUGGACCCUGUUUUGGGUCGAUCUGGUUUCAGUUUUUUUGUUUUUCUUCCCAUUGUUGUUGUGGGCAGUUAGAUCUUUGGAUCUGAAGUUAGUGUCAUGCCAAAAGCAUGAGUUGGUGUUUGAUGUGUGUUUAUAUAUGUUAAGAGUUGUUUUUUUGUAAACCUUGGGAUGACAUUUAUUGUGGUCUUUGAUCUUGCACCAGGCCUAGACCAUAAAACAUCUAAAUAGCCAUCACCAGAGCUGGACACAAGGAAUUUCAUAGAGUGGGCAAUAGACUGCCAGACCAACCCCCUCUGAUCCCCCCCCAGGUGUCUGCCCACUGAGAAACAGCUAGUUUAGAUAUAUGAGGGUGUUGGACUAUCCAGGGAGGGUCAGUUAUUCAUUUUUCUUUUGUCAGUAACUUCUAGGAGACCUAUACCAUCUAAGACUCCCACAAGAAUUCUAUAUGGGGUAAAUAUAUGUAAGGAAUUUCUUGUGUUUUCUCCUAUUUUAUUUUAUGUACUGUUUUGCAAUUUGUUUUCUGUAUGUCAUUUAUUUCUGUAUUUUGUACUCAGCACUGUGAAUCCUUUUUGUCAGAUUAAAUGUUUACUUAAUCAGCUUGUGUCUCUGUUCUCUAUGAGCUUCACUCUCCAGAGGAAAGCUCAGGUAAACACGUUACCAAAAGGGGUUAACUAUAUAUGUUUUAUCAGUAAAAGUAGAACUGUGAUACUAUAAUUCUCCUGUGUGUGGGGUAACCUAAGACGCCCGGGUUUAAAAGUCUUGGUGGUGGCAGUAGUACUAAGGGGGAUAGUGUAGAAGGGAUUGCAGGGGUUAAUUGAGUGGUUGCUGGGACUAGCAACAGGUAACCAGGGGUCUGGUGUCAUUACCCCUCUCACUUCCACACUCUCCCCACUGUCUCGGCUGGGCCUAUAGCCCACGCACGUGACAGUUAGUAUCCCCUAAAUCCGUUGGUUUUCGUUGUUUGGCCUCGGAGCCUCUCUAGUAUGCGACCGCUCUGUUCCACCAUCAAGCUCCGCCCCUCUAUAUUUUCUUUUUUGAAGAUCCACAGCGUUAUCCUCUUUAUUUCUUUGGUUGUAUUUGCUGUUAAAGGGAUACUCUCUAGGAUAUCCUUAGAGGAAGCUGUAUAUAAUUUCAAACAAGAUAAGUGUUUUUUCACACUAUUCACAGAUUGUUGAGGGUGUGGAUAUCCUUUUUGUGUGUAUACAUAAAUUUUUAGGAAAGCCUGAAUCUUCCUCGAUGACUCUUCUCUCAUUACAGUUGUCCUCCUCAGUUCCCUCACUUCCUUAGCCCAGUUCACUCUCUCUCCUUCAACCAUUCCCUUGUUCCACACCCAACUUUUACUUGCUUUUUAGGACGCACGCAUUCUAUUCAUCAAUUCAGUCCUCCCUCUCUGAUAUACUGUUCCUCCUCGCGUAUUUCUUUAUCCCUUCCUUGUAGAUUGUCAGCUUGCUUGAGCAGAGCCUUUUUUUACCUCUUCUCUGUGUUAAUAUUUUUUUAUGUCAAUUGCUUGUUGGCAAAUAUUUUCAUUCUAUAAUUGUAAAAUUCUGUGGAUUAUGUUGGCGCUAUGUAAACGAUAAUACUAGUGGUUAUGGUGCUUAGAGUGUUCCUUUAAUGCUUUUCUGGAGGAGGAAAAAUAUUUAUUUGCCUAGGGAGGCAAAACUUCUUGAACAGGCCCUAUAAAUAGAUGAUUACAGUAGAUUGUGCUAAUCUUUCUUUUAUAAGCUGAAUGGUUCUAAUCUGCAAUCUACAUCUUGAUUUCUGUACACGUGUUUCUGUCAAAUGUUUUUUGUUUUUUUAUGCUCCAAAGAGAAAGCUCUGCGAAAUAAAUCAGCACUGUAUAAAUUCUAAUAAUAUUAAAAAUAAUGGCUGACAACUGGCCAUUAAAUUAUUAAUUUUAGCUCUGACCUCCAGAAUGCCUUCCUGGCUGCUAAAGUUAUUUUAUUUUUUAUAAAUUCUUUAUUUUGAAGAUUUCUUGUCGUUUAAAGUGGGGGUACAGAAAGGAAAAGUUGGCGGUACAGUUGUUAUACAUAGUUUACAGAGUUAUCAUGUUCUCAUGUAGCAUAUGACCAGGCUGUAUCAUGUGGCAUAUCUUUCAACUUUUCUUUGGGGUUUGGGUGGGGUACAGAAAAAAGAAGAGGGGAGGUGGGUGGGGUACAUUUACAUACAGUUUCUAUUCUUUCUUUGAUUCAUUCAGGUUCUCUUUAUGUCGGUGUGUCUGGGUGGUUUUGGGAAUGAGUUGGCCUGUGUGAGCCUUUUGCGUGGUGUUGUGUCCGUGAUGGAUUACGUCAUGCGAUGUUAGCGCAUAUUGUUCCAUUGGGUGGGAGUGAGGGGGCAGGUGUUUGGGGGUACCUUUUCCUGCCUGUUUUGCGUUGUUUCCUAGUUCAGGUAUUACCUAUGCUCGGGUUUAGUCGAGUUGCCUGGUUCACUGUCAUGUCUGGGGGUGUAAGAGGGGUGCCGGGAAAAGGGAGGGUGGGGGGUAGGUUACCGUCACCUAUUGUUUCCUUUGUGCUUUUCCGGCUGGGUGUGGUCCCAGUUGUAAGGGGUGACCUGUUAAGUUGGUGUGUGUGUCGACCAGCGUGGGUUUUUGGCUUGUUAGUGAGUCCGAGUUGGUAUGAUUUUUGUGGUUGUUGUCUUGUGUUGCUUUUAUUUUACGGCCCACUUUUAUGGUUUCCCAUCUGUUUGUUUUCUAUUAUUUGAGUGUGUGCUGGGUGCCUCUCGUUAGAGUUGUCUUGUGGUUUUGCUUACUUCGGGGGAUGUUGGUAUGGUGGUUUUGUUGUGUGGUCGCUGGACUUUGGCUGUUUCAGCUGGUUUCUAGUUUGACGGAUAUGUUGGGUUCUGUUGUAUUUGUUUCGGGGUGUCCGGUAUUGGGGGUUUUGUUCGGCCCUUUGGGGUUUUUGUCUGGGGGUUCUCUCAGUUUGUAUGGUUGGGGGUUAUGAUUGGUGGUGUUGGCUCUUUUGUGUUUCUGUGUGUGUGGGUGGCAGGUACUAGAGGGGGUGUACCUAAUGGUUCUGGGUGGUGCUGGUGGUUUGUGUGUCUGCGGAGCGUUCUUGUAGGGUGGGUGUGUGUGUGUUUCAGGUGGAGAGAGGGUUUUCGUAGAACCAUGGGUCCCAGAUUUUGUGGAAGUGCUUAGUCGAGUCAUGCACCAGUGCGGACAAUUCGUCCAUUUUAAUUGUCUCCUUUAUUUUUUGGGUUAUUGUGCCCACGGUCGGGGUGUCUGGGCUGCCCCAUUUUUCCACUAUGGCUCUUCUAGUGGCAAGUGCUAUUUUGGCGAUUAGUUUGUUUUGGGCCCUAGGUGUGUUGGGAAGCGGUUUGGAUAGGAGCCAUGUCCAGGGGUUUAGUGGUAUAUCCGUGUGGAGGAUUUUCGAUACCAUGGAAGCUAUUUGUUGCCAAAGUUGUGCGGUGGGUGUGCAUUCCCACCACAUGUGGAGGUAUGUGCCCUUCUGUCCGCAACCCUUCCAGCAAGUGUCCGUGUCUGACCUGCCCAUCUGCUUGAGCCUGAGAGGGCUAAGGUACCAUCUCAUAAGCGUCUUGUACGCCUGUUCUUUGUGGUUGACGCAGAUUGAUAUAGACGCUGUGGCCUCCCAGAUCUUGGCCCAAUCAGACGGGUCUUCUGCCGGGCCUAGAUCCCUCUCCCAAGCCGACACAUAUGUAAGGGCCCCGUCUUUGACAUUUUGGAUUAGGUGUGUGUAGAGUGCGGAUAUUUGGCCUUUUUGUGUCGGGGAUUGCAUGCAUUGUUUUUCGAAGGAUGUGAGCGCUUUAGUUCCUGCUUGUUUGGUUGCUGGCAUGUCUAGGAAGCUUUUGAUUUGGAUGUGGCGGAACAGGUCAAAUGUACGGUAUGGCGUUGUAUGUGGGAGUUCUGGGAAAGGUAUUGGUUGUUGGUUUUUGUAGUAAUGGAAAAGUCGAGUGAGGUCGUUUGCCUCGAAGCGGGCGAAGUCUUUGGGUGUCAUGCCCCGUGGGAAGUGGGUGUUGCGAAGUAGCGGGGUUAAUGGUGAGUGUUGGGUUGUAAGGCCGCUCUUUUGAGUUGUUUUGUCCCAUAUGUUUAUGGUGUUGAGUAUUGCCGGUGAUGUGCUGGGUAGCGGGGGCCUCGCUGAUUUCUGUAGCCAGAUGUAUAGUGAGGGGAAGUCUCUGCCGAAGAUGUCGUGUUCAAGGUCUACCCAACGUUUAACUCCGUAUGGGGCGUGCCAAUUUUGGGCCUGCGUUAGUUGGGCUGCCUGGUAGUAAUGUGUAAGGUGGGGUAAGCCCAGGCCCCCGGCUCUAUUGGGUACAUAUAGGGUUUGGCGUUUUAUUCUGGCGCGUCUGUUGGCCCAUAUAAAUUUGUCGAUGGUUGUUUGUAAUAUUUUGAAGUCGCUGCUCCGGAUUGGGAUCGGUAGGGUUUGGAAUAAGUAUAGGAGCCUAGGGAGCACGUUCAUCUUGACUGAUGCCAGUCUGCCCAGCCACGAUAUCGGCAUGUUUUGCCAGGUAGAGAUGUCGUGGGUUAUUUUCUGUAUCGUGGGUGUGUAGUUCAGUGCAUAGCAUUGGGGUAGGUCUGCCGGGAUAGCGAUCCCCAGGUAUUGUAAGUGGGUGGGAUUUAGUCUGAAGGGGUAUUUUUCUUGGAUGGUUGCCGUUGUGGAAGGGUCUAUGUGUAUUGAGAGGGCUUCUGUUUUAUCUAUGUUUAAUUUGUACCCUGAUACCGCCGCAUAUGCUUCUAGGGCGCGCAGAAGUGGUGGUAAGGAGGUUAUGGGUUCCGUGAUUGUGAUGAGUAAGUCGUCUGCAUAUGCUGCCGUUUUAUAUUCUUCCUCUCGUAUUCUGAGGCCUGUUAUGUCGGUGUUGAGCCUGAGGCUUUGUAGGAGCGGUUCAAGGGAGAGUGCAAAUAGGACUGGGGAUAGUGGGCACCCCUGAUGCGUGCCGUUGUAAAUCGUGAAGGAGGGGGGUUGUGUAUGCGGGAGUAGUAGGUGUGCUUGAGGUGUGGCGUAUAGCACUGUCAGUGCGUUCCUGAAUUCUUGUGGGAAUCUGAGUUUUUCGAGGGUCGCAAAUAGGAAGGGCCAAAGUAGUCUGUCGAAGGCUUUUUCUGCAUCAAGUGAAAGUAUUAGAGUCGGGAUCUGUCUUGUGUGAGCUGUCCAGAUGAGGUCGUAUGUCCGUCUAGUGUUGCCGCUAGCCUGUCUCGUGGGUAUGAAGCCCACCUGGUCUGGGUGGAUUAGUCGAGUUAGAUAGGGGUUGAGGCGGUCUGCUAGGAGUUUGGUGAGUAGUUUAAUGUCUACGUUGAGGAGUGAGAUUGGUCGGUAGUGUCCUGGGUCUAGGAGGGUUUUGUUGGGUUUGGGGAGGAGGCAUACAUUGGCCUGUAGCAUGUCUGGUGGUAGUCGGUCGCCUGCCAGGAUCACGUUGUAGAGGUUGCAGAGGUGAGGGAUCAGGGUGGAUGCGUAAGUUUUGUAAUAGAGUCCUGUGAACCCAUCCGGGCCCGGGCUUUUAUUGGGUUUCAGUGUUUUGAUCGCUCCUGCGAGUUCUUCUGGCGUGAUGGGGCUGGCUAGUGCUAACUCCGCUUCUGUUGGGAGGGAAGGUAGUGGUACCUGUUGAAGGUAUUGGUUAAUGAGUGUGUUGGUGUGUGUUGGGUUUUGUCGGGUUUUAGGUGAGUGGUCGUACAGGGCUUCAAAGUAUUUUUGAAAGACGCCGGCUAUCUCGCUCGGUUUUUCUGUGAGAGUCCCUUCUGGUGUGUUUAUUUUGGUGAUUUGUUUACGUUCUGUUCUCUGCUUGAGUUUCCGUGCGAGUAGUGUGUCUGCUUUGUUUGCUUUGUCAUAAAAUAGUUGUUUUGACCACAGUAAUGCUUUGGUUGAGUCUUUCGCCAUGUUUGGCGAAUUUUUUAAUUUUUGUUUGGCAUUCUGUAAUUUUUCCGUUUGUUUCUGGCGUUGGGUUAAGUUUAUGCUGGGCCUCUAGGGUCCUGAGGGUCAUUAGUGUCUGUUCUAGGUGGGCUACCUGUUUUCUUUUGUGUAUGGUCGCUUGAUUUAUCAUGACUCCCCGGAUUACUGCUUUGUGUGCCGCCCAUAGAGACCCAUUGGAAGUUACUGAGUCCUUAUUUAGUGUGAAAUAUUCUGUAAUAGCUUGGGCCACAUUUUGUCGGAUUGUUGGGUUGUGUAGUAAUGUGGGGUUUAGUCUCCAAGACCAGGGUCUUGUCGUGCAUGGUAGGUUAAGUGUCAGGGUGAUGUCUGCGUGGUUGGACCACGUGAUGGAGCCUAUGUUCGUGUUGUUUACCAUGGGUGCCAGUGCCGGGGAAAUGAGGAACAGGUCUAUGCGGGAGUGGGAUUGGUGAGGGUGCGAGAAGAACGUGUAGUCCAGGGAUGAGGGGUGAAGGGCUCUCCAUGCGUCGAUCAGGCGGGUUUUUGAGAUGAAGGCAGAGAGCAUUUUGUCUGCUUUGGCUGUUGGUUGUUGGUGGUGUGUUCAUGCUUGUGUACGGCGCCUGUCUACCGUUGGUGAGGGUGUGGUGUUGAAGUCCCCGCCCAGUAUGGAAUGGUGGGAGGGGAAGAGGGCUAUAUUGACGUGAAUGCGUAGAGGUGCGUACCUAUUUUGCCGGUUACAGUGAGGUUUCGGCCUUGUGGGUCAGCUAUAGUUCGUUGGAUCGAAAGAGGGCAUGAUUUCUGAAUGAUGAUAGCUACUCCAUUGUGUUUGUCGUGGGGGGAGCUGGCGAAGUGGUUAGUUCGGUAGUGUCGGCUUAGGAGAGGAAACUGUUUGGUCCGGGUGUAAUGUGUUUCCUGAAAGAGUAUUAUGUCCGCCUUAGAUCUGUUUGCCCAGCGCAUUACUUGGUGCCGUUUGGUGGGGUUGUUCAGGCCCUUGCAGUUUAUUGAUAGGCAGGUCAGGGUGGCCGGCAUGCUGGUGUGUGCGGUGUUGUUCUUCUGGUGUGUGCCUCCUUGUUGUAGUGGAUUUGGUUCUGAGGCUGUAUGUUUGAUGUACCUUGGGGAGGGGGGUGGAAGAUGGGGGGGGGAGAUAGGGGGGAGGUGGCUAUGUAGGAUGUAGGGCUGUGGGUGGGGGGGUGUUGGGGAGGGGGUAGGUGGUUUAGAUCCUGGUCUUACUAGUCUGUCGCCAGGAGAUGGGCGAGCGGGUGGGUGUGCGUGUGUCUGUCUGUUGUAAGGGGUGUUGGUCUCCUCUUAUUCUCACUGUGUGGUUGAGGUGAGAUUAGUCGAGUUGGUUUGUGUGUUUGUGGGGGGGAGAAUGGACUGUAAGCGUGCCCUUCGCUCCCCGCCCCGGGGUGUCUGGGUGGGUGCAUCUCAGUGGGGUGUGAUGUAUGGGUGGGGUUGGUCAAGUUGUGCAUUUGCGUUGCUUUGUGAGUAUGUGGUUGUGCUGCUGCUUUAGUGGGGGUGAGUGUUUGACUGUCCCGUGGAGUCGUUGUGUGCGUACCUGGCGAGUCGGUUUCGCGGGCCUGGGGGUUUCUAUGUGUUGUCUUGGAUCGCCGGUCCUUUGUGUAGGUCAACUUUUUGUUUGUAGGGGGCUGGCCAAGGUCUGUCCGUUGGCUGUAGGAUCGUCAGCUUCCCUCGUUACUGUUGGUUGGUGCUGGAAUGGAAAGGUGUACAGCUAUGUUGCAGUUAUACCAUGUAAAUCUGUGUUUGGGGUGAGAGGGUCGACUUUGCUGGGUGCCUUUGUGCGGCUGGUUGUGUGCUGGGGGGAUAAGGAGUCGAGUUGGUUUGUGGUGUGUUUUUAUAUUUCUUGUGUGUGUGGUUGUGUACCUUGUUGUUGAUCAGUUGAGGGGGUGCUUUUUACCGCUCUGAUGAGCCGUGUGUGGUGUGGCACCUGAGUUUGACAGAUAUACACAGUAACAGUUUAUAAUGCAUAACAAUGGUUAGUCUUGAGUGUAGAAUACAUAAUAAGUAGCAUUGCGGUAACUUUUCUUGUUACUGUCAGAGUCGCAUGCUGCCCUGGUAGGCCUCUAACAUGCCUUUCAACAGGGAAGCAUGCGCUGACAUAUCUAUUUCGCGGCAUCCUUUAUCUAACACAGCGGUGCUUGUAGCUAGUAGCGGGAUCUGUCUUUGGCCCCUUAGGUCUGGGUGUUGUAGCUUAAGGCCUCCAGUGUCAGUUUGCGGGCUGUGGCCCUGAGGGUAGGUUAGGAACUGGGUCUAGCUGUUCGCACAGGGUAAUAUGCUUGCGUAACAGGUGAAACUUAACUAUGUACAGCUUUGGAGUGCCUGUGAGACAUGUAUACUGCUAGGCGGCCUGUGGCCUCUGGUGGGAGAUGUCGUGGGCGGUUUAGCCGUGCAGCUGAGGGGGUGCUGUCCACCACUCUGAGGUGGUGUGGGGUCUCCGAGUGCCCUGUCUACUCGGGAGCAUUUUGUGCUGCGUUACGUAAUACAUGUUAACAUGAUAAUUCAGGCUUGGUUGUUGAGUACAUGUUGGUUUGCAGUGAAAGAGUUGUUCUUUUACUAUCUGGGGGGGGACGUAUGCUGCCCCGGAGGGCCUUGAUCAUACCUUUCGGUGGGGUCGCCUAUGCUGCCAUAGCUAACCUGCAGUAUCAUAUCUCGGGCGCGUGCGGCGGGGUCUGUUAGCUAACCCCUAUGUGCGGUUAUUGCGUCCUAUGGGCUCUGUCUAUGGCUUAUUUCUAUUCUGCCUUGGGGGUGUAUUGGGUCCUAGGCCCGGCAGUACGCUCAGAUAAACAUUCAAGUAUAACGGGUGUAUUUUAACUAUAUACAGCAUUGAGAUAACAUUGAGGUAACAUUGAGGUAUGCAUACUACCAGUCUGUUAGAGUCCGUGGUUUGCGGCCCUGAGUUGGUUUCAGGUUCCCGGUAUGGGGUUGGUGCCAGUUGCCGUCUUUUGGGCUUAUCAAGUGUUCAUGUCGUCUUGCUCUUGUUGCGUUGGCGGGGACCCUCGCUUGGGUUGCGGGCGUGUUGGGAGUGUACGGGGCCCUCCUCUGCGGCUCGCAGUCUCUUUCGUGGCUUGAUUAGGGUCUUGUGCUGGGUAGCGUAAGGAUAUCCCCAGAUGGUAGGCAAAGUCUUGCAUAUCUGCUACCUGAUGGAGGGUGAACGAUUGUUCCCCCUUUUUCACCGACAGUUUGAAGGGGUGUCCCCACGUGUAGCGCCAUCCGGUUUCGAUCAAGGCUGUGGUAAGGUGCUUGAGCUCCCGGCGUUUCUUCAGUGUGGUCGGUGCUAAGUCCUGAUAGAAGUGUAUUUGUUGGUCUUGGUAGGUAGGCUGGUGGGAUCUUGCCGCUUUCAUAUGCUGUUCUUUGACUGGAAAGUAUAAGAGUUUCAUUAUGAUAUCCCGUGGUGUGUUGGGGUUGUAGGUUGGGGGACGCAGGGCUCUGUGUGCCCUUUCUAUGUAUAAUUCUUGGUCUGAGGCGUUGGGUAGGAGGGACUGGAAAAUUGCUUUGAUUGUGGGGAGAAUGGCGUCUGGAAGGACUGUUUCGGGUAUGCCCCUGAUGCGUAUGUUUUGUCUGCGGGAUCUGUUAUUGAGGUCCUCCAGACCGUCUUCAAGGUAGAGCAUUCUGUCUUGCAGGAGCUCUGUGUCCUUGUGGAGGGCUGUGGUCUUUGUUUGGGUGUCCUUUAUCAGGCGUUCGUUAUGGUCGGUGCGUGAGGUCAGUACCUCCAGCUCUUUCUUGAGGCCUGUAAUUUGUUUCUCCAGGGCUGCUGCGGUGUAGGCUUUAAUGUCUGCCGAUGUCUCUCUGAGCAUGGCCCGGAGGUCCUCUUUGGUGAGGGGGGUGGCAGGGUUUUUUUCUGUUUCGCUCCCCUCUGAAUCUGAGCCGGAGUCUGAGAUGGCCGCCCGUCUUCUUUGGCGCGAAACAUCGUCGCCACCGACGGCGUGGAUUCCUUGCGUUUUUUGGUCCCCCCCAUCUGUAAGAGGUGUGUGGGGUCUUUGGGGGCCCGUGGGAGGUUUUUGGGGGCGAGAUGCACCCGGUAGCCAGCUGAUGUGCGCGGGUAUUUCGGCCGGGCGGGAGAGCUGCAGGCCCGUGCGUCUUACUCCAUUGAAGGUUAGGCUCCGCCCCUAAAGUUAUUUUAUUAACACCUUAAGGACACAACUUCUGGAAUAAAAGGGAAUCUUGACGGAAUAUUUCCGUCAUGUGUCCUUAAGGGGUUAAAAGUUCCUGGACUGUUACCCUGGCAACUGCUUCCCAAAUUUCACCCAAGACAUUCCCCUUCACCUCUUCCCUUAGAUAUUAUUCCUACUGAGAAUAUAACGCAUCCCCAGGUGUCCUAUAUGAGCCCCGGAGGCAAAUAGUUUAAGUCUAGACUGGUCAGCCCCUUGUCCGUAGCUCCAUUAGGUGGGAACAGGCCCAGAAGGCUUAUACAGGUUUCCAACUCGGAAAACUCCUGUACACUGUGAUUUUUUCCUUGGUAGGAAAGGCGAGCGUCUUGGGAACACCCCACCGGUGGGUGGCCACUGCUCCCAACAGAGGUUUCAGUAACCUUCUCUAAGCCAGUACUUUCCUUGUAGUGCAACAUCCCCAUUCUACCAUCCAAGUAAUACAGUUCAAGUCAAUCUUUUUCAGAAGCAAGAGUUUUGGUUAGCACAUGCAUGUACACAGCUCAGUUCUUUGCCCAGCUCAGAACACUGUGUUCAGUGCUAGUGUAAAGAUUUUUAGCUAUAUGGCUUGCUAAUCCCCACUCUUCACACUGCUCACUCUAUCACUUUCAUUUUCCCACGCCGAGUAAUUCUGUAAAGGUAUAUUUUCGAUAGGAUGUAUAGGGAGUUGUCUUUGUUAAUUUCUGUGCACUAGGGAAGAGGCCGGUGAUUUGAGGGUUAACAUCGGCUGAUAAUUAGUAACAAGAGAGUUGCUACCUAGAGGAUAGAGACUGACUUUGCAGGAACAGUUUCUUGGCACCGUAAUCACUACAGUACACGUUAAAAAUGAUUGGAUCUGCUUUUUGAUUAAAGAUACAAUGAUGGAUAUGUUUUCAGGGACAUCAGACAGGUGACAUGUUUGAGAUUUACUCGGUUUAUCAACAUUUGUGAAGCACUGUGUGAGAAGGUUGCUCAAUACAUUUUUCAUUUGUAAUAACGGAUGGAAAGUAAAGAUUUGACAGCAGAUCAAAGGCUACAGGUGGAGUAAGCAUACUGCUCACGUAGCAUGGGAAAGUUCCAUAUAGGUUUAAUGACCCAGGCAAGAAAGGUAAAGUGUUUGUCUGAAUUGAAAGGUUAGCCAGUUAAUUAUCUUUACAAUGAUGUAGACAGGAACUAUGACUUCUCUGAAGUUGCAACAUUGAAUAAAACAUUUUUUUUUAGGUUUCUAGCACUUGUUAUGUAGAAGGGUAGGCAGCUUGAGUAACUUAAACCAAAGUCUCUACUACCUGGUCGUAAAUAAUUUGUUUUCAGGGGAAUGGAGCAAUGCCUUGAGAGAGUCCUCAGAUCCAGGUCAGUAUGAAAUUAGGUUUUUUAGUAGCACUUUCAACACAGAUUGGAAAUGUUUUCGUCCUAUCUCCCAAGGUUACUUUUAAGCAUCUAAAAAACUAAAAACGAAAUAUAUAACAACAAAAAUUUUGUAUUAAUUUUUAAGUGGUAAAGUUACUUUUGGUCCACCCUAUAUUUUAAGUAUAUUGGAUGGAUUUAAUAUAUUCAAAGUGCACACUCACAUUUAUUAGAGCCUUCUAAUGGCUCCAAGAGAAUAGCUUGGAGUGGAAUGAUCUGCGUUCUUGGAUAUAUGUGCGUUUCCCCCUCUUGGCUGUAUAUGGUAGAAAUCCUCACUGUAGUGUAUAUAGGUAAUACAAGAAAUAAAAUAUGGUGCUCAUUGUACCUUAAAAGCAAUUAAAAUAAAAGGAAAUGUACUCACUGACUUAGAGCAAAAAUUUAAUUUGCUCAAUCCAAAAGACAUAGGUGGUAUGUUCCGCACCAAGGAAAAUAAUGUCUAAACGUCAGUGUAACAACAGGAAGAUCCAAGCUAGUAAAAUUCACUAAUUUUAUAGAGAAGCAGCUUAUAAAAACAAUUGAAAUAGAAGAGAGUAACACUAAUGUAUUUUACCCAGUAAACAGGCUUUUUUAAAGUGUCUUUGAAAAAGCCUGUUCACUAGGUGAAACGUGUUAGUUUGUUAUUUUAUUCUAUUUUUGUUUUUGUUUUUAUAAGCUGUUUCUGGAUACCAAGUUCAUAUCCACAUUUAUACCUCCCAGGCACAUCAAUCAGAGCUAAUUAACAGCUCCACACUCUGUAAGUUCAUUUCCCUUUUAUCUACAAUCAAUGAUUAAUCUACUACACUAUAUCCCCCUCCCCCCUUUUUUGUCCUCUUUUCUUGUUUCAUACUGACCUGGAUCUGAAGACUCUCUCAAGGAGCUGCUCCCUUCCCCCUGCAAAUAAAGGCAUAACCAGUGCAAAUAUUACAAAUGAAUAAGAGAAACAGAAGCAUUGUUUCAUUUCAACUCUUCUCUAAAUAUUUCUCUCUGUGCUGACUGCCAGAUGCGAAAGACAGAGCAUAUAAUAAAGAUUGACAGGGAGCUUAGAUGGAUGCGCCCAGUUGCAGGAUAAAGAGGUGUGAAUUUCUACAUUUAAUAUUCUUUUUCACAUUUACCAAAUACAGAUUUCUUAAAUACAGUGAUGAGUAAAUAUAGUUACAAUUGGGAAGUGACAGCUCUGCCUUGUCUUCGAUGGUUUGUUCCAUUGCUAUGUCCUCUCUGUAGGCCGUCAAGGUGCUACACAUUGCCUUCUGAAGCUGUUAGCCACUAAUACUACUUCCUAUGCCUUUUCCCACAUCUGCAUGUUAUCAGAUGUAUCGUUCUAGACCAAAUGUGCCAUUUAGUCAACCUGCAUAAUAUAACAAACCAGCAUAGUGAUGGUUUCAUUGAAAUUAAUUUACGGUGAAUACAUUUCCAUCAUCUAUCACCAGCAUUAUCAUUAAUUGUAUAACCUGUUUUAUUAUCCAAACAGGAAUUGCCUCAGAGCUCUUUAUUUAGGAAAUUAUAUUGAAUAUGAGGGUUAUGUGGGUUCUUGAUCCAAGGAGAGAUCUUGCUACCAUUGUGGGGUAGAAAAGCUUUUUUCCCCCUAGUUUGUUGCAAAAUUGGAAAGGGCUUCAAACUGUUUUCAGAUCAACAGCAGAAACAGAUAUUAGAAAGGCUGCGUUUUAUGAAAGCAAAAUGUUUCAGCCUAUUUAACUAUGUUGUUUGGUAUAAUACUUAGCUUUUUGUUUUUUGUAAAUGUAUUUUUAUUUAAAAAAAAAAUUGAAUUCACAAGUGGUGAAAAAGUGGUGAGGCACAGAGGUCUCCAACAUUGUAUAACAUAAGCGCUGUACGGUGAGAUACGCAGAUCUCCAGAAGUGUAUAAAUGCAAGCGACACGCAGGUCUCGGCAGCAAAUAAAGCAAUUCAGGAAUGCAGAAUUUGUAGAACUGAGGCAAUACCCCUGUAAAUUUGGGGCAUCUUUUAACGAAAUGGUUUUCAAACCAGUCCUUAAGGAAUGCCUACCAGUCCAGGAUUUAGGGAUAACCCAGUUGUGUCUAAGGUGAUUUUUUUUUUCUAAAAACACCUUAGACACAACUGAGCAAUCCCUAAAUCCUCAACUGGUAGAGGUGCCUUGAGAAAACCACUGCCUUAACGAAAGUAUAGUUUUAUUAUUAUGUAAACUAAAAUAAGAGAUGGAUAAGUAACAUUACAAUAUAUUCAUGAUAAGUGACUGUUUUCUUUUAUUGGUGCUAACUUGGAGACAUUUUGAGAUAAGUAUUCUCAUUAUUAUUAUUAUUACUUUAGCACACCCUUAUAGUGUGUUGAGUAUUUUUAUUAUUAGUGCGGAAAGAAUUCAGUGUUUUCAGGGAGUUUUACUGCUAUUGUAUAUACACUUUCUGAACGCCUACUCACUUUUGUUUGUUAUGGUUUAGUUGGAGAUUAGUGUAAAUCUUUUAGGCUUUGCUCUGAAUCCUAUUGCUCCUGUUUUGUCAAUAUUGAAGAAAUUAUUGUUUUAAGAGAUUAAUCUUUCCAUCUCUAAAGGUAUAAUCUUCCUAUAACACAGUGCAGAUUGUUUGAUUUGCACAAUCAUGGUGAAAUCUGCAUAGAAUGUUCUCAGUUGAAGUUUUAGGCACAGUAUGAGAGAGUAGAACGAGUUGCAAAAUGGAAUUUGGAUGGACUGAAUUUUAUUUUGAGACAGUAGGAGACUGUUGGUCAAAUUAAGGAAAAUGUCUCCACUGAAACCAUCUUCCUUCAUUCUAUUUUGGAAGCAUUACCAAUGUUUAAAUGUCUAGGUAGUGUUCAGAUAUUUGAACAAAAUCUAGAUUACAGUGGGAUCGUAAUGUUGAACAUAUAACACCUACACAAUUAAAACUGGACAUAUAUUUAUUGUACAAUGGUUAAUAAACUAUGUUUUUUUUCACUCAAAACUGGGUUCACCCAUUCUCAAGCAAAGUCCUAGCAACUGCAUUCAAUACAUUUCACUGUAGCACCGCUGCAUCAGAAACAUCCUUAGCACUAGGAGAAGAGUAAAGUAGAAAUUUUGAAGAAUUAAAGGGACACUAUAGGCACCCAGACCACUUCAGCUCAUUGAAGUGGUCUGGGUGCAGUGUCCCAGUCUGUUUAACCCUGCAAAGGUAAUUAUUACAGUUAUUGAGAAAAUUGCAAUAAUUACCUUGCAGGGUUUAAGGAUCACUAUAGUGUCAGGAAAACAAACGGUUUUCCUGACACUAUAGUGCCCUGAGGGUGCCCCCACCCUCAGGGUCCCCCUCCCGUGGUGCUGAAACUGCUAUGUUUGCAUUUGUUUGAGAUGGCACAUGCAGUAAAUGUAUUAUUUUACAUGGACCAAUUCAUAAGAAAGUAAAGCUAUUCACUCUUGCUUGUUUACUCCACAAAAACUUAGUGUAACCAUAUAACAAUUUCAAAAAUCCGUAUUCCAAAUAUAAAGGACUUUGAUGCAUCUGUUGGUUAAGAUUGUUUCUGUGCAUUGACUCUGAUCUGCAUAUAUUUGCAUAUGUGUGAAAUGCAGGUACAUUUCUCUGGCAUUUGGAAUUUGUAAGUUUCCCUAAUGCUCCUUUAUGUGAAUUUUAUGUAUUUUAUUGUUCCAUUAUGUUUUAUUUUGUGUUUAUGUUUUAUGUACUAUUUUGAAUUCCUCACCAUAAGUUAAAUAUAGUACAGUUGAAGGUUGGUCCCAGUUUGAAAAUUAAGAGAUUAUACAGUUCAUUUUGGAAGUGUCUAAAUGUGGAUCUUCCCAUGAGCCAGUGACAAAGUCUAAGGGCCUGUUUCUGACUGCACUGCUACUUAGGUGUUUAGGAUUGGCUACAGAGUUGUAAGACCUGUAACCACAAAAGCUAGGCUUCAGAGCCAAAAAGCAUGUUUAUAAAGAUGGUGCCAGGAGCAGGCAGAGGGAUUACUUCCAGCAGAGUAGACAGUGUAAGCAUCGGGAUCAAUACCUGCCUGACAGGACAGAGCAGGUACAGGGAUCGAUUUCUUCCUGGAAGAUGGUUGGGGUCCCUGGUGCUGGAGAAUGUGGGACAGACAUUGUAGCGGGACAGGUCUGGAUCCCAAGCAAGGAGUCAGACACCCUGUGAUCCUUUAUCACUCAAUAAGUGCAAUUAAUAUUGUUUGUCCAAGACUCGAUAAGGAUUCUACGAAAAAUAUUACGAUAAUAUACAUAUAUGGCAGUAGAGUAUACAUUUAAUAAUUACAAAACAAAAUAUAAAACAUAAUAAAAAAGAAAAAUAAUCACAAUGGGAUUGAACCUACAUCCCAUCAAAUCUAAUGUACAUCACUGAGUAGAAUAAUAAACGUUAGACUUGUGCUUUUCUAUUUGGACAGACCAAGGUUAAGAUCAAAUCUGUCUGAUUCAGCGGUUAAUCUGAAUAAUGAACAACUUAUGGGAGGGUGUCUGGGCACUACUUGCACCAUACCCAUUGCAGUGUGCUGUAGUGGUUUUGGUGCUUAAAGAUUUUCUUUAAUUCAAACACAUGACACUAGCACAUGAUAAAUACAUGACAAGGUUAUAAAUUCAUGUAAUAAAUGAAUAGUUAUACAGGAUACAUACAUUUAAUUGUAAAUAUAAAGUAUCAGAGGGAUAUUGUCCUGGUGGUUGGUGAAGCAGGGACUCCUUCCUGCUUCCCUUGGGCGUGCUGUAAUAAGUCUGUGUGUAUGUUGGCGUGUGCCUGUAUGUACCUGUCUGUGUCCAUGUGCCUAUAUGCAUCUCUGUAUGCCUGUCUGUGUAUGUGUUUGAUGCUGCUUGUCUGUGUGUGUCUAUGCCAGUGUAUGCCUGUGCAUGUUUGUGUCUUCCCUUCUGUGUAAGUAACUGUGAGUGGGCACAAGGCAUGUGAAAUUGGGGAAUUGGGGAGGGGCAGGGGUGGGGUUUAGAAAGGAGUCACUAAAUCAUUUAAGGGCUCAAGCAGAGGAUGUUUUUGGAUCCCUAGCAUUACCCCUGAAGUUUAGUCCAAAUUCAGAGUAAUCGUAGUUGAAUCUCCAGGUUUUGUAAAACCCAAUAAUAUCACUGGUGCAUCACUGACAAUAAGUAAUGACCCUACAAUCAGAUGAAGAAGAAAACAAAAAUCUAUUAAAAAAUGAACAUACAGAGGUGACUCAAACAGAGACAGAUCAUAUUUCCUAUUAAUGCCAAGGUUACCUGAAAUUUAUUUACCUGAUCCAAUAAAAUUACUUUUUUAAGACAUUUUUUUCACAUUCAAAGCAUUCCAUUCAAUGCAACGUACAUUCAAAAUAUUUAGGUAACUGUAAUACAUAGGAAAAUCAGUACGGAAUAAUAACAUUAUUAGCACACAACAAAGCUAUGCCUGAAAAAGUUAAAUCAUAGUAGAAGUAUGGAGGGAUCAGCACAAAAUAAAAAAUGUUGACUGAAAGGCUACAGUACACCUAUGAAAUCACAUCUGACCUAAAGGGGCAUGCAACAUUUGACAUUAUUAUUAUUAUUAUUUUAUUCUUUAUUAUGUUUGGGCAAAGAAAUUAUACAGAUAGCAUAACAAGCAUCAUAUACAAUAAAUUAACUCAAGUAAAUAGCGCUAUUGAGAUUCUAUGUCCGGUUUUGUGUUUAAAGGGGAGCAAAAGAUAUUAGCCUGGUGGGGCUUAGACUACAACGGCUGGUUAGUGCAAUAUAGAGUUAAGUAAAGCAACAAACUCUGUGGCCAGUUGAGUCAACUGUGAAGGAAAGUCCACUAGACAGCUGCUUCCACAAAUCAAACUGUAACGCUAUUAUGUGAUGCCACCAUGACUUUCAUAUAUUUUGAGCCCCCAGGAGCUGGGUCAGUGAACAGAGAAGGCUCUUCCAUGAUGGUGAAUUAUUGGACAAGUCCAGGUAAAAUGCAGUUAAGUUUCAAAAUCAUAUGGUGUCUUCCCCUGCAUUGUUUGUAGGAAAUCCACCUUAUGCAAGUUGGUUUUAAACAUUAGAAUUAAGUCCAUUGGAGGAGUGGUGUGGCUGGUGCUUUGGCCAUCGAACAUGCCAUCCAACUGUAUGAGGUUAGCAUGCCUAGGUUUGAGGAGUUAGGUAAGUAACCUACGAAGAUGUGGUAGUUCUGCUGGGGUAGUCUCUUAUGACAGACUAUACUUUUCAUUAAAUUUAUACUUUGAAAUGUGUACCCUACUAACUUAAAUUUCAGUUAGACAUUAUCCAUUUAUCUUGACCGUUGGCUCUUACCCCUCAACGUUUACUGUUUUACCACUGGCAAUAGAUUUUCAUUUAUCAUGACAACAGUUUGCUAAGGGGUGCUGCCUUAGGUGCCUCUAUGGAUGAGACACCACUGUUAAUUAUUAUAACCCUUUUCCUCCAGAUAGGUAAAUUUAAGCAAGGUACCCUUCAUAUUUUGUUUAUGUUCAUCUUAACCAGUUUGUUAUUUAUUUAUUGUUUUAUAUAUUCUCCUUGUAAAGUACUUUGGAAUGUGUUGGUCAAAUAUAAAUAAUACUAAUAAUACUAUUCGAGCAUAGUUUUAACCUUAUUUUAUCCAUUUUGUUUUGUAUAUUAUAUAACGACAUUAUUUUUACAUUAUGGGGACAUAUUUUGUGCAGCUGAACUCCCCAAAAUGCCAGCAAGUUCCUUACAAAUAUCCAUAAGCAGGUUGUUUGACGGCUUUUAUUUCUAUUUUUGUCACAGCUAAUGUAAUAUGACAACACCUGUGUUUGUUCAUCUACACUAAUAUUUAAAAACCUAUUCAAAAUACUACACAUUAAAGGAACACUAUAGAGUCAGGAACACAAACAUAUAUUUCUGACCCUAUAGUGUUAAAGCCACCAUCUAGCCCUCCUGGCACUCUUUUGCCUACCUAAAAAUAGUAAAAUCUUACUUGUAUUCAAGCCUGAAGCUGCUGGCUAUGCCCCUGUCUGCCGACAUCAUCAGAAGUGUUGUUUUAAGCCAAUCACAGUGCUUCCCCAUAGGAUUGGCUGACACUGUCAAAGAGGCAGACCAGGGGCAGCACAAGUCAAACACAGCCCUGGCCAAUUAGCAUCUCCUCAUAGAGAUGCAUUGAAUCAAUGAAUGAGGAAAGCUCAGUGUCUGCAUGCAGAGGGUGAAGAUACGGAAUGUUGUGAUGCACACUAGGUAAGACUGAGAUAGGAAGCAGCUCUAGCAGCUAUCUGAGGAGUGGCCAGUGAAGUUAUCACUAGGCUGUAAUGUAAACGCUGCAUUUUCUCUGAAAACACAGUGUUUACAGCAAAAGGCCUGAAGCUAAUGAUUCUACUCACCAGAACAAAUACAAUAAACUGUAGUUGUUCUGGUGACUAUAAUGUACCUUUAAGGUAUACUGUUUCAAAUAUGUUAUACACAAACACACCAUACACAAAAUACAAAAGAUAUCAAUUAACUAGCAAUGUUUGCUCUGAAGAUAAUGAUACUUGCAUUAAGACCCAUGACUAUUUCAGUCCACCACAUUGUUUGACAAGACAAGAGUUCUGAUUUAUCAACUGCAUUUACAAUUUUGCCAAUCUCAGUACAUUUAACAUUUUCAGUUCAUUAUAUAUAACCAGUGCUCUCCCUUCUAUCUAUCUAUCUAUCUAUUGAUCUAUCUAUCUAUCUAUCUCCAAAAACUUCACCAUAGCUGGGUCUAAACAAAAACACUUAUAAAAUAAAUGCCAACAUGACUAAAUCUAACAAACUUUUAUAUAUUUUAAGGAGUGGGGUUUUUCAUUACAGUCAUCAUUAUUUAUAUUUUAUUUAAUUAAUUCAAGGCCCAUUGCUAAAGCAAACACAAUGACAAACAUUGACAUACUACGUGAUCUAUAGCAGAUGUAAAAAUAUGCCUGAUAUGAUAUGUGAUAUAUAGAAGCUCCUGGUCUUGUUAGCUGACAUUCUAGUUGGAGGUUUGGUGAUAAUAUAAGUACUGAAAGGGAAUGAAAUGAUGAUGAUGGAAAAAUAAUUGGAAGAAUAAUUGGAGAUAUUAGGUGAACAUCGUAAAACUGUCAUUAGCAUUACCUUCAGGAAUCUCUAUCACAAGUUCACACUCCUAAAAUGCAUAUGAGCAAAUCACAAAUUAAAUGAAAUGGACUAUGGAUGAACAGUUCAAUUUGAUACGUUAUUCGGAUUGAGGAGAAAAAUUAUGAUAGAUGGUUAGACAGCUAAAUGUUUAUUACAAUCACAGAUCAAGUGAGAAGUGACCAACAGUGAGAAGAACAGGAGGAGCAUAAAACAAUCUUUAUUGUAUAUUUAUUUAGUAUAUGCCGUAUUUAAUAAAUAUAUAAUAUAUACGUCAAAUAAACAUAUUUUAUUGCCCCUUCUCUUUUUCCUUUUACUUCGCAGAACACUAAUUGGCCCAUUUUCACUCUUUGUUGGUUCUCAAGGGAUACUUUCCAAAGACCAACCUGAGAUAUGCAGGUGUUGCACAAAAGAAUAAUAUAUAUUAAAAUGAAAUGGGGUGCGCCGACAGGACUUGAUAACUGUGGCUUAUUAAUGCAAAGAAAUUAUGUUACAUUAAAAUAAAUGAUAAACUUUUUCAAGAUCAACAAUAGUGUAUAUAGAGCAGUGAGCUUAGUAAUCAACAACAUGGGAAGGAGAUUGUUGAAACCUGGAGUGUAGAUCAAGUCAUGUGCAAAUGUGAUGACUUGUAGACCAAGUGGGAAGUGUUGAACGUGGAAUGUCCACCCCUCUUUUGUCUAAUUAUUUAGAGCCCCCACCAUCUGUCCAUGGGUGGAGGCUGGGGUAGAGGAUACUAAUUCAAGACUUGUUUUAUUAUUAGAGCCCCACCCACUGCCAAUAGGUGGAGGCUGGGGUGGGGACAUUAUGUCCCCCACCUUUGAUCAUUUUAAGAGCCCCACUUACUGUCAAUGGGUAGGGGCUCGUGGACACUAGGUAAACACUUCUGUAAAUUUAUUAGAGCUCUCAUCUGUCACUAAUAUAUCAUAUUUUCUUAUUCUGUUAUUUGAUAUGAUUUAAAAAUUAAUCAAUACACUUUUGAAGGCACACUCCAAGAAACACUUCAACCACUACAGUACGUUGUACUGGUUAUGAUGCCUGGAAGGACCUUGGCGACCCCCCAUUGUGCGUAAUAAAACUGAUUUACCAUCACUCCCCAGUUCCACUACAACUGACAGACAGCCAGAAGCUUUGCUCAGUGGUGCAGUGCAUGGCUCAGUGGCCGAAGGGAAAUCGGCCUGUUCUGGCAGCCAGUGAACUAGCCCUGCACUGCAGGAGUUUCUUAGGUGUAGAAAAGACAGAAAGCUAAUCCCCAGCUAAUACAUCAAACCAAUGUACAAAGUUUAAUUAUGUAUAAUGACGGUGCCAGCCCUUGCUGGCACCAUAACCACUAUACCCCAGUGCUGUAGUUAUGGUGUUUGGAAUGUUCCUUUAACAUAUAUAGAUGAUGACAUCAUGACUUGGGAACACUGUAGUGGUUAUGGUGCCAGGUGUGCCCCGUUGUAAGUAGUAAAAUCAUUUUAGAAUGAUUUGACUUUACCUGGGAUCUGCUGGGCACAACUUCCUGCCUCCUCUACAUCUGAUAGAGCUAUAAGCUCUUGAUUAGGAGCCUCCAUUAGUACUCCUGAGUUAAGCCCUGAAUUGCAGGGCUAGCUCAUUGACUAAGAGUGUCAGCCAAUGUGCAAGCCCUGCGCCAGCUGAGCAGGGAGUGAUGGAUGCCUAAUGGAUUCAAGGUAAGCAAUCAAACCAUAUAGCAGCUUGGCUACCUCCAAUGAUGGGUUGCGAGGGCACUCCCGACACCAUGCCGUAGCAGUUAUCAUUUAUGGAGUGUUUCUUUUAUCAGACUAUCAUGACUGAAAAUAAUCAUCUCCUCUUACCUCCCCACAAAAUUAUCUGGAGAAUCUACCUUCCCUCCUCCCUGCUUCCUUCAACUAUGGAUGUUACAGUUAUAUUGGGGUGCUGUUAAGUGGUUAGAGGGAAACUAAGUUGAAUGGAUUCAAAUAAAGACAAGGCCUGAUGAGACCACAGCAAGAGUUAUUGUUUUAUAAUUUAGUUUUUAAUUUGCUAAAAUGUAGUGUUUAUUGAAUAAAGUGGAGAGGGAGAGGUAGUUAUAUACUAGUAGCUUUUUUUUUUUUAAUAAGUCUAAAUUUUUCUCCAUUUUCCCAUUUAUAUUAUGUGAUUUUUUGAGCAUAGAAAAUACUUGUUGCCUCCUUACAUCUUCACUUUUUGACGGGCUUCUUAGAUGUUUUUUUAUUUACACAAGCUACAUGUCAUUUCAGAGGAAAUCUAUUAUUAGAAAUAACUUAAAAGCCAUUGAACAGCUUUUUUCCCCCAACAUAACAUUGAGACUGAUCGUAUGAUCCCUGAUGGCAGUGGCCUCUUUCAGCAGGACAAUGCACCCUGUCACACUGCAAAACGUGUUCAGAAAUCGUUUGAGGAACACAACAAAUAGCUCAAGGUGUUGCAUUGGUCUCAAAAUUUACCAGAUCUUCAAUUGAGCAUCUGUGGCAUGGGCUAAAAAAAAAAGAUCCAUGGGAGUCCCACCUCAAAAGCAACUUCUGCUAAUUUCUUUGUGACAGAUAUGCCAGGACACUUUCAGAGGUUUCGUGGAGUGGGGUACAUGGUCGGAGUACUGGAGCUCCGUCACAUGGAGUCUACACCUCAAUGCAUCAGAGCUGUUUUGGCAGCAGAAGGGGGACUUACACAAUAAGUGUAAUGUGAUGGCUGUGGCACAUAGUCUUUUUAAAAAUCGGUACAGGACAUUUGAAAUUUCCUCUUGUUUCCACAUUGAAAACAUUUAAAUUAUAGUAAUUAGUCUGGAGUAGGGUUACCCAACCAUAAUUCAUUCCAAGAUGAGUAUCACAUAAACAUGUUGAAUCGGAGCCCAUGAAAAGUAUGUAGUAUUUAUUAUUUUGGUUUGCUAUUGCAAUUCACUCUUCUGGAAGGCUGUAUUAACUGUUGACUGGAUUCCCUACCUGCAGUCCUAAAAUACUAGAUAAUACAGGGCUGCAUUUUCAUAAUGAAAUGAACAAAAUGGAGGCAUCAGGUGACGUCAAUUUUAUGGGCAGAGCUACUAAGCCUAUUGUAGGGAUAUAUGUUAUGAAAAUUAGCAUUUUUGUUGUUUUUUUGGGUUGUGACAGCACAUAGAGAUAAAAAACAAUGGGUUUUGAACUUUUAGACUAGUCCUUAAAGACAUAAAACUUUAUAAGAAAAAAAAGUUUAAAAACCUAACUCAGAAAGGCAAUAUUAGGAGUCAUCACAAUUGACGAUAGAUUUUAUAUUUUUAUAUAUUUAUAUUGCAAUAAAAAACUUGAGGGGUGGUAUGCUAACUGUUCCAAUGGAUGAGUCUCUACCAACCAAUGCUGCAUUGCAAUUUACCCAGAAAUCUGAAGCACAUACCCACAAGCUUGCAGCGCCCCUCUACAAUAUGAUGCCUAGCAUCAUGUCCACUUACUUUUUGUGGUUGCAGGGGUGACGUGGACCAAUCAGAGUCCACCUUAGUAUUUAAAUAACGUUUGCAGUCCCAUAGUCUUUGCUAAGUUGUGGCUUCCUCUUGGUUCCUUGUAUAGUGCAUUUACAAUUCUCAGAUUUCUGGUUAUUUUUUGGGGGGGGUUGUUUAUUGACCUUCCUGACCUCUGUAAUCCUGACCUGGCUAGUUCUAUCAUAUUCCCAUAUUUCUGGUAUUCUGAUCUUGGCUAGUAUCACAUUUAUGCUUUUUUCUUUUUACAUGUUAAACCAGGCCAUUCUAAGGUCCGGUAUUAUGUCAUUUCUGUCUUUCUAUUUCUGACCUACACUUGUAAGUUGGGUAGUGUAUCCAUGACAAGCCAUUGAUGUGAUUGUGUCACAGGCGGAGCUUGCCCAGGAAGGGUCUACCUGAAUAACUGGCAACCCAGAGCAGGUCAUGCAGUGUUCUCUGUAUGGUGUUAGGGCCCUGAGUGAAGUGUGAGUGGGUCUAAUGAUGCUCUAGUGAUACACUUUUUGUGGACAGUUCCCUGGUGUACCAACAAGUGGUACGGUGGGACAGGAGCCAAAAAUCGUGACUGUCCCACCAAAAUUGUUGAAAGGCAUGCAUUUAUAUAUAAAUUUAUAUCUGUACACAAUGCAUGUAAGUGAAGGCCUGAUUAUAGUAUAUAAAGCCGGAGCAGUGAAUAUUCUUGGCUAGACCUAUGCCAGCAAAAUUCCUAUAUACCUCAUUAUUAACAACUAUUCAGUAUAUUUCUAAAGAUAGGGAUAUCUGCGCUAAUAUAAUUCAGCAGAUUAGCUCAGUAUUAGCAAUUACACAGAUCUUGGAAAGAAAACAACCUGUCUUAGGGUUGCCACCUGAACGGUAUUUUACCGGCACAGGCGGUAUUUGAGUCCGCCUGGCCAGUACCAGUCCGCCUGGCCAGGUAUUUGAGUCCGCCUGGCCAGGUAUUUUUCUCAGUAUAAACUGAGAUUAUUCUGCAAUACCAACGCCAGCCAGUAGGUGGCACUGUGGAUGUGGAGACAGGGAUAGGAAGUUGAUUGAGAAUUCAAAUUUAAUGUCACUAUAACUGGAAAAAUUAUCUAAGUAAAUUUUACUUUCAGUUCGGCUACUUUAGCCUUACAUUUAAAAUCCAUAAUUUUUCGAUUGCAAACUUGAUCAACUAAAAUACUGUAAAAAGAUAAUGUAAUACUCCAUUUUAAAAUCUGCCCCUAUAAGUAUGGUUUGCCAUAUCCACCAUAUUCUCCUGGCAGGGCCAGAUUAACAUAGGAGCUGUUCUGUGUCACUGGAAGAAAUGGGGACACUGAAACACUGUGAGACAUAUGGAAACUGUGAAACAUGGGGAUACUGAGAUACAUGAGGACACUAGGGAACACUGGGAUACAUAUUGUCCCUAUGUGUCCCCAUGUCUCCGAGUGUCCUUGAGACACUAGGACACACUGAAACAUAGGGGCACUGAGACACUAGGGGACAGUGGGAGACAUGGGGACACUGAGAGACUAGGAGACACAGAGACUAAGAGACACUGGGAGACUUAAAGACAAUGCACUGUGAGACAGGGAGACAGUGGGAGCAAUCACUCUAUACAGCAGAAUCAAACUGUAAGUAGUUUUUUGGUGAAUUUAAAGAAUUUCCUUUUAUGUCACUCCAUGUGAUUUACACAUUGUGAUGUCACGCAUGCAUAAUUAAUAAUGCAAAUUAGUAUGGCCGGUAUUUCUUUUCAAGAAAGGUGGCAACCCUACACUCACUAUAUACGUAUAGUGAUUAUUAAAAAGGCAACCUACAGGUUAACUUUCAUUUUGUUGCAGUGUUAUUGUAUGUUUGCCAUAGAACCCCUAAAGAGUAACUAAUUGUCACAUCCUCAAUUUUAGGUAAACUAAAAGUUAUGUAUAGGUUAUGCUGAGAUUAUUUUUGAAUUCUCAAAAAUGUAUUUUAUUUUUGUUUACAUACCUUGCCAGCAUGUAACUGUGCACACAUAAAGGCUUUAUGCAGUAUUUGUUUGAUUGAUGUCCUCGCGCCCAUGUUCACACCCAGAGCAUCAUGGGAUGGUGAUCUCAAUGUAACAUGGAAGUGCAGCAGAAACAAGUACGUUUUAUACUUUGCUGCUCUGUGCAGCCCAGUAAACAUUAAAACAGUGUUUAUUUGGUGAAGGAACAAUGAAUAUCACUUCUCAGAUGUGUCGAUAAAUAUUUUGCUGGAAUUAUAGUGUUUUUUUGUUUGUUUUCCCAAUGAUCGAGAAUUCAAAUUUAAAGUCAAUAUAACUGGAAAAAUUAUCUAAGUCAGUUUUACUUUCAGUUUGGCUACUAUAGCCUUACAUUUAAAAUUCACUUUAAUGAACAACCCUGUCAAUUUCUCUCAUGUAUAAAGCAUUGAGGUUAACUAACCUCAGUCCGUGCAUUCAACUGCAAACUUGAUCUACUAAAAUUCUGUAAAAAGAUAAUGUAAUACUCCAUUUUAAUCUGCCCCUAGAAGCAUGGUUUGCCAUAUCCACCAUAUUUUCCUGGCAGAGCCGGAUUAACAUAGAGGCUGAUGGAGCUGCAGCUCCAGGCCCAUGCCCAUGGAAUACAUUUUUUUUACUACUCUUUACAUGUUGGUGUAGGGAAACAAAUCUUGUGUGGACUGGCUGACAAUUAAAUUAGUUAAUGUAAAGCUGACUGUGCACUAUGAAAAUGUUCUUGCUGCUUCAGUUUCUCUAACUCUGUGGCAUGCAGGGCCAGCGCCUGUCACAGGGGGAGCAGGAGGUGCUGUGCUUCUUCAGUAUGGCAGAGAAGGUACCUGCUUACCUUGAUGGCAGGUGCCUGCUCUGCUGAUAAAUUCCAGAGGAGAGGAGGCAGGCGGCAGUGUGGGCGGCAAGGGAGGCUAUUCUUGCAGCUUCACACUCCUCCCUCACGCGCCCUCUGCCGGGCGACGUCAUUUUGGGCCCGGCAUACUAAACCGUGCAGGAUGAUUGAGAAGUUGUCCCCCACUGGACCCCAGGGAGGUAGGGAGGCUGGAUAGGCCUAAAAAAAUAAAAUUGUGUGAGUGUGUGUCAGUGAGUGUGUGAGUGUUUGACUGUCAGUGAGUGAGUGUAUGUAUGUCAGUGAGUGUGUGUCAGUGAGUAAGUGUAUGUCUGUGUGUGUGUAUGUCUGUGCUUCAGUGGGUGAGUGCAUGUCUGUCAGUGACUGAGUAUGUGUCUGACAGUGAGUGUGUGUGUAUGUCUGUGAGUGUGUGUCUAUCAGUGAAUGUGUGUGUCUGUUAGUGUAUGUCUGUCUAUCAGUAUGUGUAAGUUUCUAUCAGUAUGUGUAGGUGUCUGUCAGUGAGUGUGUCUGUAAGUGUGUGUGCUCGUCUGUGUGUGCUCGUCUAUGCUAGUCUUAUUAUAAAUUAAAUUGACCAAAUGCAUUGAAAACAUCAUUUAUCACAGCGAUAAAUUAUGUAUCCAAUGUACAAUGUAUGUAUUAGGCAGUACGUGUGUAUGGAUGUAGGUGUUAGGCAAUAUGUGGGUAUGGAUACAUGUCUUAGGCAGUAUGUGUGUAUGCAUGCAUGUCUUAGGCAGCAUGUGUGUAUGGAUGCAUGUAUUAGGCAAUAUGUGUGUAUGGAUGCAUGUAUUAGCCAGUAUGUGUGCAUGGAUGUAGGUACUAGGCAGUGUGUGUAUGAAUGUAGGUAUUAGGCAGUAUGUGUGUAUGGAUGCAUGUAUAAGGCACUAUGUGUGUAUGGAUGUACACAUUAAGCAGUAUGUGUGUAUGGAUGCAUGUAUAAGGCACUAUGUGUGUAUGGAUGUACACAUUAAGCAGUAUGUGUGUAUGGAUGUACGCAUUAAGCAGUAUGUGUGUAUGGAUGCAUGUAUUAGGCAGUAUGUGUGUAUGGAUGUAGGUAUUAAACAGUAUGUGUGUAUGGAUGCAUGUAUUAGGCAGCAUGUGUGUAUGGAUGUAGGUAUUAAUUAGUAUGUGUGUGUAUGGAUGUAGGUAUUAAGCAUUGUGUGUAUGGAUGUAGGUAUUAGACAGGAUGUGUGUAUGAAUGUACGCAUUAAGCAGUAUGUGUGUAUUAGGCAGACCUAACUGGAAACCAUAUGGCAACAUUUAGACCUAAAUAGCUGAUCUAGAAGAAUUCUCCAAUUCGGCUACAGUCACAGUUCAGCUAUUUUUGAUUAAACUUUGCAAUUUGGUUUUCAACUCACUGCAAUUCAGAGUUUAGUGAAUAAACCUCUGUGAGAAUGUAUUUGCUUUCAUGAGGGGGCCGCAAAAUGAUCUUUGCCUAGGGCAGCAGAAAUCCUUGCACUGGCCCUGGUGGCAUGUUCCCUUUCUUCUACACUCAUUACAUGCACCUUUUCUCUGUCCCAGACUGUAUAACAGGAGCUUCUGCCUGCUAGUAAGAAG